GUUUGACUGGCAAGUUGUUUGUUACAUUGAAACAGCAGCCGCUUUUUCUGCGCUCUGAAUCUCUCCCCUCUCCUUCCAGCUUCAGCUGUUCUUUUCUCCCCUCCUCUUUUUUCUUUCUUUCUUUCUUUCUUUUUUUUUUGUUGGCUUUGCUUCUUUCUUUUCUCUCCCUCCAUCAGCGCCACUUCUUUAGUUAGCAAAAAUCUUCCCUCUCCCCCCCUGCAACCAACCGCCUUGUUAAUUCCAUGACAAAUAAUAUCUUCUUCUUCCAUCCCUUUUUCAAAGUCAUUAUUUUCCUCCUCCUCCUCCUCCUCCUCCUCCACUCUCUGCCUGCGUUGGAGACGUAAAAGGAAGAGGGUGGGAAAAUACCCCUUUCGGACAAAGAGGAAGACACCCCCCAUCCUCCUCCUCCUCCUCCUCCUGCUCCUCCCCACCCCCCGAAACCUCCCAGGCAACAAACAAGAGGCUCCCAAAACUGAUGAACUACAAAUGAAAAAGAGGAAAAGAUGGAAUUGCACAUUUUAGAGCACCGACUAAAAGUAGCUAGUGUCGCCAAGGAGAGAAUCCAGUUGUUUACCUACGGGCUGAUCAAGCUAGCUUUUCUCUCCUCCAAGACCAGGUAACGGGGGACCCCCUUUUUCACCGGGGGGGGUGUUGCUCGGCAGCCUUGCCAGCUUUAACAAGAGGCCAACGAGACGAAGCACUGCUGUAAAGGGGGGGGGGGCGGUAGGGGCUUGACUAAUUCCCAUACAGGAAUCAAGGUUGUGGGGAGGGUUAGGGUUAAUGGGUCAACCCCCCCCCCCGACCACCCCCACUUCUUUUCCUAUUGCUAUCCUUAAAUGGUUUCGCCGGUCCAGUGAGAGCUUUUCGUUUUAUUUUUGUUUUAAUUUUUUUGCGAGUUUCUGCACAAACACGCCCCCUUCUUCCCCUCCCCCCAUAUAGUCUUUUUUUUAAGAAAAAACCCCAAAUCUGCUUUAAAAGAUGCUGAUGGAUUUAAACAGCUGCCGGCAGGGGUUUUCUUUGCGUGCAUUGCUAAGUUUAGGCGGCGGUGUGUGUUUUAUAAAAAGUGAAUAAACCGAGGGUUAAGUGGCGGGGGGGGGUUCCCCGCCCCCCAAAAAGAAAAACUAAGGACUCGGUCAGAACAACAAAGAGCAGCCGUGAAGAGGGGAGGAGGGGACAGAGGAGGCUGUAUUGGUGUGUAUGUGUGUUUUUAUUUUCUGUGCACAGAAUUGUGCUAGCAGUUAAGACCAUGUAGCGUUUAGUCAAAAAGGUACGUUUAUUGCUAAGUAUGCAAGAGGCGACUUUCGUGGGUUUCCUGCAACAUCAUGUUGUUCAUAUUUUUCUUUCUUCCUGUCUUUUUGGAAAAUGAAGGCGGGGGAGAAAUGAAGUCAAAGGUUCCCGAUCCGUGAAUAUAUCGAGUUGCUGUUGUUGUUGUUUUUAAGACUGUAUUAUUAUGUUUACCGAGAAGUAAAGUGAAUAGCCACCCGCCCCCCUUCCUCACCACACACACUCAAUACCAGUGCUUCUUGGAUGGAUACAAUUUGAAUUGCAAAUAUAUUGUAAAUAGAGGGUUGAGUGCUGCCUCCGCCCGCCCCCCCCUCUAUUGCAGAUAGAGCAGAGAUGGGGGUUAAGAGAAAUAAUUCCUAAACUCCACUCUUGGUUUGGAAUUAAGUGUUUUUGCAUUGCUGCUUGGAAUCCACUUCAGAAACCAGUUCUAAUAACCAAGCACUCCUGGGGCCCAGGGGAAACCGCUAAUAAAUUGUGUGUGUGUGUAUUUGUUUUAAAAUUGAAUUGCAGAUUGAAAAUGAAGGGGAAGGACAUGUUUCUCUACCCCCACCCCGCCCAUCCCACCUUAAUAAUGUGGCUGAAUGAAUGGGCAUGUUUGCCAUUUAAUUUGAUUACUAUCCCUUAUCUCAAGUUUAAACUUCAUUGCUUUGAAAUUUCCCCGAUUUGCGGCUUGGCAGUUGACAUUGUUUGCUGUGUAACGUUAUCUGUCUUUGCCUUGUUUACAGCUUGUUUACAUUUCAACUUGUUUGCAGUUAAAAUGCAACACAAUUAUUUUUAAACAUUUAGUUCCGUUCUUUCUCUCCCCCCGCCCGCCCGCUCCCCAAUGGAUGGUGACGAUUCCCUUUUGUUGCAUUGUUAAUUGUGGCACUUUUGGGAGGAAUCCCAAAGGCUUUUCAGAUGUCACCGAUAACCUUUAAUUCCUUCUUGUCUUAAAAUGUGGGGUUUACACCGGAGCACAAAGUUCUAUUGUAUCUGUGAUUAACACAUUGCAGAAAUCCUGGAAAAGCUUCCAUUAAAAAAAAAGAGUUGGAUUCAUAUGGCAUGACCAGCCUCUUUGUGAAGAAUUGUUACCACCUGCCACAAAAUGGCCAGUUAUUUACACGACAGGAGUCAUGUACCAGUCUCCCCACUGCCAGUGAUGCUCUCAGUAGCAUUGGACCUAUUGCCGAAAGUUCAGUGAGCAAAAACAAGUGUUUAAACACUUCCUGGGCUACACCACUUCCAUGGAGGUUUGCCUGUUCCAUAUAUAUAUAUGCCUUCAUUUUUCAUAAAAGGCAAAGCUGAAAGCUUUUUCCUGACAUGCUACUUCUCUCUGUGCAGGGAGAUUCCCUCCCCCUCCAAAAUGGAAAACACAAAACAAACCCACCUGCAGUCUGAUGUGGUACAGCCAGGAACUGCUGCUUUGCCACUUGGAUUCUGCUGGAUGCAUAAAUUGGCCAGUAGUAUUUUGGGACGUACCAUUUCAGUUUGUUGGCGGGUGGGUGUGUUUCAUCCUUUUUGAAUGCUCUCCUUUGUUUUCUUGUUUUUAAAGAAGCAAACAUAUGAAGUAUUAUUACUGUUUAAGGAUAAGUAGUACAGAGUUCACAACUCGUUUGCAAGCUCCUAGGAAAUUUUUAUACCAUGAUAACCCUGAUUGUUGGAAGGCGCUAAUCCUUAACGAUUUCAUAUUUUGACAUUGGGGGACAAAUUCCACUCUUCAUUUAGACUGACUAGCAAUCUUUUGAGUUGUUUGGUUUUAGGGGAGGUAUUCCCUUACAUUUCUUCAAUCCAGACUCUUUCAUCCUUGCCACAAUCCUUUUGAGUUAAGGCAGGCAAGCAGAACCCUUGGCUCUCCAAAUGCUGCUGAACUACAACUCACAUCAUCCCUGGCCAUUGGCCAUCCUUGCUAGGCCUGAUGGGAGAUGUGGUUCAGCAACAUCUGGAGGGUGAAGGGUUCCCCACAUCUGGAAGUGCAUGCUCCCUUGUUUGAACAUAAUUCUGGAUUGGGGCACAUGUUAACUUUCAACAGAGAAGUAUGGAAACAGAUACAUACAUGCAUACAUAAUUUUAUUUGUGUGCCGCCUUUCCACAGUUCAAAGCAGCUUACAGCAUGAAAGAAAAGACAUAACUGCAAUGUAAAAGUAGUCAUAAACAAUAAACAAAACAUUUUUAAAUAAAAAUACACAACUUAGCUAGACAGUUUCCAUACAAAUCACAGCUAUAGAUGCAAAAAAAACAACAACAACAGUGAAACAAACAACAACAACUGACAAACAACACCUCAGCCCAAGAGUCCGUUCAGCAACCUCAGCUUCUGUAGUUGGAGUCAGUCCGGGUCCUACCCUCCCAGGCCAGGUGGGAAAAGAAAGGCCUGCAAGGCAGGGAGCAGGUCUUCCAGGACUGACAGCCAAGAUGGUUGCAAAUCUUGCCCCUCAAUUCCUACCUUGUCUCACCAACACUCCUGACUACUUUAAGGUGCUUUUUGUCUGACUAUUCACUCCUGGUAUCAGAUGCUGCCAUUUGCUCCCCUCCUCACCCCCCAAUAUACUACCCCCAAUUUAUUGCUGAAUUGGCAAGUGUGUGUGUUGAAUAAACAUGUGCAUGUGUGGUUUGGCCUUAAGAAAUGGUCCAAGUCCCACGGUGAGACUUUGUGGCUGAGUAAGACAUUAAUAGGCAGAGUCAUACCAUACAUUUGAAGCAUCCCCAAAGAAUCAUGGGAACUGCCGUUUCCCCUCGCAAAGAUGUAAUUCCUCAAACAAGCAGCAGCUCCCAGGGUACUUUGGGGAAAAACCAUGUCCUUCAAAUGUGUACUGAGUGUGCUUUGAACGUUGGACAAUGUGGAUGCUGUUAUGGAAGAGAGUUGCAGGAUCCGCUUGUGUCUGCCCCAUGUGACGAGCCACUGAAUUGCAGGCAGCGGCUUCUCGCCCUAGACUGACUCCGCCUGCCCAGACUGGCCAUUGGAUUGUCUUGGAGAGGAAGGAGUGCAGAAGGGGACUUCCUGUUUCACUUGAGCACUGCUUGAGCAUCAAGAUCUUCCUAAGUGUGUUUCUGGAUCCUUUGUUAUUCUUUGAUCUCCGUUUGUUCUGUCUUGAUCACGUGGAUUCCAGUCCUGACUAGUGACUUGUUUCACGGUUCCUGCUUCCUAGAUUCUGCCCCACCUUGAGCUUCUCAGUUGGUAGAGCGUAAGACUCUUAAUCCUGGGGGCCGUGCAAGCCCCACAUUGGGCCAAACAUGCCGGCAUUGCAGGGGGUUGGAGUAGAUGACCCUUGUGCAGGAUUAGAAACUGAGAUAUAAAAUCUAGGAGCCAAGUGGCACCUUAAAGCAAGGAUAUGGUCAUCACAAUGAUAUGUCUACCUGCAUUUUUUUAAAAAACAACCAAAUUAUGAAGCAAAUGGUUUGUGGGGCAGCGCAGCAGCAAAAGAUAUGCAUGGGUGCGAAUCACCUGGCUCGCACAGCACCAGAAGGUGUGCCUCAGGGGAUCCACAGGGCAUUGUGGCAACAAAAGAUGUGUGUGUCUCUUGCUGCUGCACUGCUCCACAGGCCAGCUGACUGGAACAGCAUCGCAGCCACGCCAGCCAGCCAGAUGGAGAUGUUAGGUGCCAAACCUGGCAGCCAAACACCUCCACUUCCUUGCAGAAAAGGCCAGUUGCCCUUCUCAAAACGUGCCCUGUGCUCAGCUCAUUCCAAAUGCUGCCCUCAUGGUCCCUUCCAACUCUACAGUUCUGUGACUCUGCCAUAGCCCAGCCUUGGCAAUGCCAUGCUGACUCUCAACCACUUGCGCUACAAUUGCCUUCUAUGGUAACAUCCAAACAGAGCACACCUGUGUCCUACUUGUGCGAUCACACACUGAGAUCGCAUGGGUUAAUUUCUGGAAGCUGCUGAGUGAAUGGCCUUCUGCCCUGCACUUUGACACUUGAGAUGUAUAUUUUUAGGAGCCACCCAAUUCUUGUGAUUGUAAUUUGUUUUAAACUGUUUUUAAUGUUAUAUUUUAAAUUGUUGUGACCCGCCCUGUUGCCUUAGGGUAAAGGACGGGUAAUAAAUUAUUAUUAUUAUUAUUAUUAUUAUUAUUAUUAUUAUUAUUAUUUUAUUAAAGCUGGCAUUUUUUGCCUACAGUGAGAUUUGUUGAGUUUAAACACACCAGAAGCACAAAUUGGCUCCUGUUAGGUAAAGAUGCAUCCUUGUUGAACGAGAGGGACUUUGCACAUGCUUAGGAACACUCUGUUAACCUGAACCCCAGAUCCUGAUCUCUUCCUAGAGCUCCUCCCCUAUAAAUAGGUCACCACCUUCAUCCCGCUCAGUGUGCAUACUUGCAAAUAAGUAGGAUUAAGAUGUGGAAAUUCAUUUUUGCAGAAUGGAGAUCGGCAACUAUGUCGCCUGAGCAGUAAGGCCUGCCCACGCCAAGCUAUAAAAGCUGCUUUCUCUCCUUCCCAUUUGCCAUUCCAGAGGCAGAGAAAGUGGUGACUGUUGUGGCACACUUUGGGGCAAACCAAAGAAAGGAUCCUUUUUACUUAAUUUUUAAAAAAAUAUCUUCUAAACCCUGUCUCCAUUUUUAAAUGUUUCUCACUCGAAGCCACACUUGCCCCAUUGUUUGUUGAGAAGUUGUGUUGAAGUAAGUCAGUAGGUACAGUGGUACCUCAGGUUAAGUACUUAAUUCGUUCCGGAGGUCCGUUCUUAACCUGAAACUGUUCUUAACCUGAAGCACCACUUUAGCUAAUGGGGCCUCCCGCUGCUGCCGUGCCGCCAGAGCAUGAUUUCUGUUCUCAUCCUGAAGCAAAGUUCUUAACCUGAAGCACUAUUUCUGGUUAGCGGAGUCUGUAACCUGAAGCGUAUGUAACCUGAGGUACCACUGUAAUAGCAAAACUCUUAACUAUAAUGCGUUUUUUUAAAGUUACAGGCAGGUUACACUACUCCGCAGCACCUUUGCAGCUUAUUACCUUCUGCACUAUGAAUUUAAAGCACUAUGAUACUGCUUACCCCCCAAAAGAGUCCUGGGAACUGUAGUUUGUAAAGGGUGUUGUUAGGGGACCACCAUUCCCCUCACAAAUCUCCAGUUCUCAGGAUUCCCUGGGAAGAGGAAUUGAUUGUUAAACCACUCUGGGAAUUGUAACUCUUUGAGGGGUCAACUCACAACUCUCACCACCUUAAACAAACUGCAGUUCCCAUGAUUAUUUGUGGGAAUCCAUGACUGCUAAUGCUGUUCUUGGUUAAUGCUAUUCUAGGCUGAAUCAACAGAAGUACAGUGUCUAGAAUCUAGAUCAAGAGAAGUAAUAAUCCCACUCUAUUCUGCCUUGGUCAGAACACACCUGGAGUACUGAGUCCAUUUCUGGGCAUCACAGUUUUAAGAACGAUGUUGACAAGGUGAAACAUGUGCAGAGGAGGGCGACCAAGAUGAUCAAGGGUCUGGAAACUAAGCCAUAUGAGGAAUGGUUGAAGAAGCCACCCUGGGUAUGUUUAGCCUGGAAAAGAUAGAUAGGAUCGCCAUCUUCAAAUAUCUGAAGGGCCAUCACAUGGAAGAUGGAGUAAGCUUGUUUUCUCCUAAUCUGGAGGGUAGGACUCGAACCAGUGGCUUUAAGUUCCAAGAAAGGAGAUUUUGACUAAACAUCAAUAAGAAUUUUCUGAGCGUAAGAGCCGUUUGACAGUGGAACAGACUCCCACGAGAGGUGUUGGACUCUUCCUUCCUUGGAAGUUUAUAAGCAGAAGGAUGCACUAGCUGCAAUUCCUGCAUUGCUGGGGGUUGGACUAGAUGACCCUCAGGGUCCCUUCUUCCAACUCUACAAUUCUAUAAUAGCUUUCUGUCUUUUGCUAGCCCCUUUCGCUGUGGGGAAAAUGCUGGAGACCAUGAGGACACAGCUUCCAGCGGAGCAAAGGCUUGAGUAUUCUGAGAGUUUUUUCUCACCCCCCCCCCCCAACUAGCAGAAGCAAAACCCAGCAAGUGCAUUUCCUUAAUCUGUAUAAUCCAGGCUGUCGACUUUGGUUUAUCCUGGCUUGGAAUUUGGAGAAUUUGCACAAUAAAAAGUGAAGUGGCAGAUGAGGAGAUAUUGCAGCGAUUACAUUUUGAACCCCCCCUCCCGUCAGUAUUCUUCCUCUCCCUGUUGUCCUUUAUUGUGCCUUUUCAUCUCCAUUUUUACUUAUCUGGUACAUCCACACCAUGCAAAUAAACGUGUGGUGUCUGGGUGCAGCCUUCGUUACUGAAGCUCUCUUGCUUUGGGGUUCAGCUUUCCCCCACGGGGCUUGCAUACCCUUCCACAUUUCUCCGAUGAAAAUAGGGACGAUGGCUCAUCUGCACUAUAUAUUUAAAACACUCGUAUUCCACUUUAAACGGUCAGGGCUCCCUCCAAAGAAUUCUGGGAGGUGUAGUUUGUUGAGGGUGCUGACAGGUGUCAGGAGCCCCGUGUUCCCUUCCCAGAGCUGCAACUCCCAAAAGACGGAUUGAUGGUUGAGAAUUGUAGGACUCUGAGAGAAACAAGGGUAUCCUAAUAAAUCUCAGCCCCCGUAACAAGCAAAAGUCCCCAGGGUGCUUGUUUAAAGCGGUAUCAUAAUGUUUUAAAUGAAUGGUGCGGAUGUUGCCUCGAGAGUAGACCCGUUGAAAUUAAUGGACCUACAUUCGUCAUGUUCAUUAAGUUCAGUGGGUUUCCUCUGGACCCAAGGAAAACGUAGUUGUAAAAUGUUAGCCACUCAACGCGUCUGUCUGAUGUGCAGAGAUGUCAUAAUAUUCUGACAGCCUCAUUGCACUUGCCUGCCACAAAUGCAUCUCUCCGAAACAAGUGACUCAUUAGCUACCAAGAUCUGAAAUUCCAAAGAGUUUAUAUCACUUAAUGUUUUAGCUUCUACUGUUGCUCUUCUCCGGGAGGAACUAUUGCGUGCGAUGAAAUCUGCCUGAAUCCUCGGACGGCCCUUUGUGAGCCACGAGGUGGGGCGGAAAUGCUUCUUUAAAUUACAACGGCCAUAACAAAUCUGUUAGUCAUCGGGUUGUCGGAAGCAGCCUUCCACUGCGUCAGACCAUUGGGUCCAUCUAGCUCAGUAUUGUCUUCUGUCAAGGUGGGAGUUGGGAGCAGGUCAGCAAUAAAUCACAAUGUGUCUGUGAAGUUAACUGUUUAUUCAAAGCAACUGAACAGUUCAGGCCUAGUGAGCACAGCAACUCUUCCCAGUAGGACUUGCCCCAAUGAAACACUUGUGAGGACUGAAGGUGCUUGCCUUCCCACUGCUCCCUAAGUCUCCUCCUCCCCUGGAUCCUUCCCUUGAAAUCUGAGACUUAUUCGACUUGCCUGUCUUUGCUUCUCCAUCUUCAUACCUCUCCUGGUCUUGGGAGACCAUGGGAGAGGGUAGCAGGAGGGGGAAACUCCCUGGCUUCUUCAGCAGCCUAACUCAUCUCUGCUUCUUGCCCUCUUCUUCUCCAGCCUCUGCUUCUGACUCUGACUCUGGACCUCUCUCUUUCACAGACUCUCCCUGCUCACUAAGCCCUGUUACCUCUCCAUCUCCCAACACCUCCUCUUCCCAGACUUCUCCCUCUGACUACCUGUCAUUGUCCCACCACCACUCCCCAGGCUCUGAGACUUCUUCCCUUGGGGGUUACCCAGCUGGUUCCUCCCACCAAUCCUCUGCGUCCAGCCCGUCCAUGACAUUCAACUUAUCAUACCUCUUACUCUUACUUUAAGAGUGUGCGUAGGUCUUUCAGCCAAAAUACUCGAGGAAGCAUUAGGCUGGGUUGUUUACUGGCCUCUUUUCCAUUCAAAUUUUAUUCAUGCUUCUCAGUCAGAAAAUCAUUGAUGCAGCAAGCCCUUGGGCUUUGCCAAGCAAGAUGGAGCUUCCACCUCAAAAGUGGCUUAGAUGGGAAGUCACUGGUUGGUCACUGCCUUUGGUCACAUCCAUAAAGGUAAAGGGACUCCUGACCAUUAGGUCCAGUUGUGGCCGACUCUGGGGUUGCGGAGCUCAUCUCGCUUUAUUGGCCGAGGGAGCCGGCGUACAGCUUCCGGGUCAUGUGGCCAGCAUGACUAACCCACUUCUGGCGAACCAGAGCAGCACACGGAAACGCCGUUUACCUUCCCGCUGCAGCGGUACCUAUUUAUCUACUUGCACUUUGGCGUGCUUUCGAACUGCUAUGUUGGCAGGAGCAGGGACCGAGCAACGGGAGCUCACCCCGUCACAGGCAUUCGAACCGCCGACCUUCUGAUCGGCAAGUCCUAGGCUCUGUGGUUUAACCCACAGCACCACCCGUGUCCCAUGGUCACAUCCAUACCUUACAUUUCAGCACUGUUAUAGCACUAGCAGUCAUGAUUUCCCCGAAGGAAUCCUGAGCUCUGUGGUACAAUAGGCAUGCUGUGACUUGUUAGGAGUUGCCUAUUCCCCUCACAGAACUAGAGUUCCCAGAAUUCCCUGGACUUGAAUGUUGAAACCACUUUGGAAACUGUAGCUCUUUGCGGGAAACAGGGCUUAAAAACCUAGAGUUGCCCAUCUGCACGGUACAUUUAAAGCACUAUUACGCCACUUUAAACAGUCAGGGCCUCCUGCAAAAAAUCCUGGGAACUGUAGUUUGCUAAGGGUGCUGAAAGUUGUUUGGAAACUCCUCUAUUCCCCUCACAGAACUUCAGUUCCCAGAGUUCCUUUGGAAGGCAGAGUGACAUUUGACCACUCUGGAAAUUGUAGCUCUUAGAGGAGAACGGGUCUUAAAAAAACAAAACCCAACCCUGUCAGCACCCUUAACAGACUGCAGUUCCCAAGAUUCUUCGUGAGACACCAUGACUUUUAAACGCAUGGCCUGUGUGGGAUUCUUUUUGCGACAACUGUCUAUCUCCACUUUAAUAUGUUAUCAUUUUUAAUAUUGAAAGCUGCUCCGUACGUCUCCUGAAAGGAAAGCAGGUCAAAAAUAACAAAUCGAGUCAGUUUUUAUCUCCAACCUAUGCUAGGAUUUCAACAUCACAUUUAAAAUGGGAAAACAAGGCGGCUGAUUGGGGGAUGGGGGGUGGCAGUAAACUGCCUCAAGUGUCCAGCAGGACUGCUGACAACGCUCAAGUGUGUCUCCUGCCAAAGGUUGUGGCUUUCUGCCUUGAAAUGCCUUUUUGUGGGGUUCUUCUGCGCAUAAAGCAAAGUACAUAUUUGACCAGCUUUUGCGAUGACCUCCUCCCACCUUUCCUGCCUCUGCUCUCUAACCCACACUUAACCUGCGCCGAAUACUCCUUUUACACAAGACUUUGCACAUAUUGACCCGAGAAGCUGUGCCACAAAUAAGUUUACUCUGGACUCUCGAGCUAAGAACGAGAGAGACACAAACAUCGUUUUGCACAGCCUGUUCUUGCUUCCCCUUGAAAAACAGGGCCAUUAAGAGAGAGUCAAAGGGCCAAGACAUACUGGGAUUGGGGGGGUGAGGGGGGUCACAUAGAGGUAAUAUCUGAAGAGCUUCCAAAGUCCCAGAUUGCCAGCAGGCUGUGGAAGGAGACUGGAACUGGGUUCUCAGAACCAAACUCAGCCAUAAUCAUGGAACCAUAGAGUUGGAAGGGACACCCCCAGGGUCAUCUAGUCCAACCCUCUGCAUUGCAGGAACCUCAGCUAAAUCAUCUGUGAUCAUUUUAACAUUAUUAUUAUUAUUAUUAAAAUUUGUGUUUUCUUGAUCUUCGGUUACAAAUGAAUUAAAUAUAUAAAAGGAGUCCAGAAAAAAAAUUGACAACAACAGGUGGGAGUGCAGUGUAUUUUAUUAUUAUUAUUAUUAUUAUUAUUAUUAUUGUUAUUGUUAUUAUUAUUGCUAUUAAUGGUGAUGCACUUAGAAACUACAGUGGUACCUCGGGUUACAGAUGCUUCAGGUUACAGACUCCGCUAACCCAGAAAUAGUACCUCAGGUUAAGAACUUUACCUCAGGAUGAGAACAGAAAUUGCACAGUGUCAGCGGGAGGCCCCAUUAGCUGAAGUGGUGCUUCAGGUUAAGAACAGUUUCAGGUUAAGAACGGACCUCCAGAAUGAGGUACCACUUAACCUGAGGUACCACUUUAGCUAAUGGGCCUCCCGCUGCUGCCGCGCCGCCACCAUGCAAUUUCUGUUCUCAUCCUGAAGCAAAGUUCUUAACCUGAGGUACUAUUUCUAGGUUAGCGGAGUCUGUAUCCUAAAACGUCUGUAACCUGAGGUACCACUGUAAUUUGAUUGAUACAAUAAUAUUUAAUAUAAUAUUGCUGGCUGUGCCAUUGUGUUAGGGGUGGGAAGCUUCCCCCCCAAAAAAAGUUUUGCUGCUGGAGGGACUGUGUUUAUGGGAUUGUCAAAACUGCCCAUUGCUUCCAGCCAACUUAUUAUUAUUAUUAUUAUUAUUAUUAUUAAUGGCUUUAGAGGUCAAAACCGGUUCUUUGAAUUGGGCCCAGAAUGGCAGUCAGGUCAGGAUUGGCUUUAAAUGCUCAAACAGUAUUUCCUCAGUGAGCAACCUGGCCGCUGAAUUCUGCACCAGCUGAAGUAUCCAGACAGUCUUCAGAGGCAGCCCCACGUAUAACAGAGUGUGGUAAUCUAUCCUAGAUCUCCCUGUCUUCUGCCCUACCAGUCACUUCCCCUCCUCCUCUCCCUGCUUCUUCCUCUGCCUUCCUCCCUCUUCCCACCCACCCAGCAACCAGAAGGGGAAAUGACAGGUCAUUCUUGCCAGAGCUUCCAGAGCAUUUUUUAAAUUAGCCUACAGGCCAUCGGACUUUCCAGCCUCCCACACGGCUGCGCACCAUUUUCAUGUAGUCCAUAAUACAUACUUGCAUGCCCUGCUUAACUUCCUGUGAACCGUGUGGUGGUUUGGACGUUGCUUAGAGCCUGGAACCCUCUCAAAUACAAAUAGCGAGGUUUGGAAUGGUGGUUGAUUUUGUUCAUUCCUUGGUUUUGAGCUGCCUCUGAGUUAUGUGAAACAUGCGCAGAACUGUGCUCCUUUUUAGUUUUACUCUGUAGGACCUGUGUCUCUUCCAAGCCCUGGGGCUUAAUUAAGUAAGUUUCUACUGCAUAUGGAAGCAGCCACUUCUUGGCCACCUUCACUUGUAGCGAUAAACCAAGAACACUGACUUAAGAAAACUCAAGCUGUGUGCUGGUGUGCACAGCUCUGGCACUCUGGCUGACCCAAGCCAGAGUUGGGAAGCAUCUACCCAGGAAGCAAACCAGCUUCUUAGGAGAUCCAGAUGUCCUGAUUUGUUCCUCCCUAUCAAGCCAGGAUGGCUAGCCAGAUUUAAACCAAAUUCUGUUGCUUUAGGACAGGCUUAGCCGGAGAGAUGCUUUCCAGUUGGACUACAAGUCCCAUUAGCUCCAGCCAACACGGCCAGUGAUCAGGAAUGAUGAGAGUUGUAGUCCAGUAACCCCUGGAAGGCACCCCAUUGACUACUCUGAGAGACUCGGUCAACAUGCUGCAGGCAGCUGGAUGAAGGAGCCGCUCAAUCUUGAUUGGUUGAGUCACAUCGUACAGCAAUGCAGUAAGAAGUACAGAGAAGGCCUAAUAUUCUUACCCAAAAACCUUUUCUUUCUUUUUUGCAAGACUACCUUCACUCGUGCCAACCUUCCUGCCUUUAGAAAUCCUCCAAGAAUUUGCCCAGUCCUCUUUUAAAGCCACCCAAGUUGUUGGCCAUCACUGCCUCCCCCUGUGGGAGGGAGUUCCACAGUUUAACUAGGCACUGCAUGAAGAAGUCCUUUCUUUUACCUGUCUUGAAUCUUCCAACAUCCAGCUUCAUUGUCCCUUGUGGUCCCUUCCUACUCUACAACGCUAAGCCAUUUCGGGCUUUAUGCUGUAGUUUGUAACACCUUGCAUCCAUACCUUAUAUCCAAAGCACUGUUAUAGCACUAGCAGUCAUGAUUUCCCCGAAGGAAUCCUGAGCUCUGUGGUACAAUAAGUGUGCUAAGAGUUGUUAGGAGUUGCCUGUUUCCCCUCACAGAACUAGAGUUCCCAGUAUUCCCUGGGCUUGAUUGUUUAAACCACUUUGGAAACUGUAGCUCUUGGUGGGGAACAGGGCUUAAAAAUCUACAGUGGCUCAUCUGCACAGUACAUUUAAAGCACUAUUACGCCACUUCAAACAGUCAGGGCCUCCCGCAAAGAAUCCUGGGAACUGUAGUUUGUUAAGGGUGCUGACAGUUGUUUGCAAACCCUUCUAUUCCCCUCACUGGACUUCAGUUCCCAGAGUUCCUUUGGAAGGCGGAGCGAUAGUUGACCACUCUGGAAAUUGUAACUCACUGGCAGCCGGCGCAGGGCCUUCAGGACUGGUGGUGCAUGAUGGUCCCAUCAAACUGCCCCAUUUACCACCCUGGGAGCUGCAUUUUAUUUAUUUAUUUAUUUAUACAUACAUACAUACAUACAUACAUACAUACCCCACCCAUCUGGCUGGGCUUCCCCAGCCACUCUGGGCGGCUUCCAACAAAGUAUUAAAAUACAGUAGUCUGUUAAACAUUAAAAGCUUCCCUAAAGAGGGCUGCCUUCAGAUGUCUUCUAAAAGUCUGGUAGUUGUUUUUCUCUUUGACAUCUGGUGGGAGGGCGUUCCACAGGCGGGCGCCACUACCAAGAAGGCCCUCUGCCUGGUUCCCAGUAACUUGGCUUCUCGCAGUGAGGGAAUCACCAGAAGGCCCUCGGCACUGGACCUCAGUGUCCGGGCAGAACGAUGGGGGUGGAGACGCUCCUUCAGGUGUUAUGCACCAGGUGCAGCCUCCAAGGGCAGCCCCUCAUGCAUCUCAGUCCAGACGGCAGGUUGCUGUGGAGGACUGUCGAGGGAGGACACCCGAUCACCCAUACCAGGAGACCUCACACUGUGCAUGAGGAUCUCCACACACUCGUCCACCACAUGGCUGACUUGCGUGCAAAAUUCCAGAAGGGAAGAGUAAUUUAGAAGGGGAGAUGUGCGUUCAGGAGAAUUCACAGCCUACUGGGUUACAGGCUCCUCUGCGGAUGGCAUUGGGGGGCGGGGGCUUCUCUCUUUUAUUGCUAAGUCAGUUGGCUGCCUCGCUUCCCCCUCAAUGUGCCAAGUUUGCAAAAAGCGAGCCGCCCAGCUGUUCCAAGAUACAGAUCUGUUUCCUCUGCCACGGUAUUAAUUACAUGCCUUCUCUUCCACGCCAGCCAGUCCAAACAUCUCCCGCGUCCAGUAACUUCUAAGGAAAUUUGGAAUUUGCUUGGAAACACUUGUCAGGGUGAUCAUCUAGCCCAGGGUGGGUUGUUCCUGGACAGAUUUCUUGUUGACACAGGAAUAUUCAUUUGAUUCGAAGAAUGGUUUGUGUGCCAUUUUCCUUGGCCCGCCCGCCAUAAAAUGGCUUUCCAAAGUGGAUGGCUGUUUUGAUACAGUCGUACCUCGGAAGUCGAAUGCAAUCUGUUCCGGGAGUCCAUUCGACUUCCAAAACCAAGCCACAGCUUCCAAUUGGCUGCAGGAAGCUCCUGCAGCCAAUCAAAACCUGCGGAACCUGCAUCGGACGUUCAGGUUCCGAAGAACAUUUGCAAACCGAAACACUCACUUUGCGGUGUUCAGGAGCCAAAACAUUUGACUCGCAAGGCAUUUGACUUCCGAGGUACAACUGUAUAUAAAAACAAAGCCAAACAAUAUCCCAAAUAUGUGUCUCAAUUGCACCUGCAACAGCAACACAAAAUAAGCAAGCUGUUGGAAGAGUGGCAGGUGCAGGUGUCUUUUUCUGUGGCCGCCCCUAAGUUGUGGAAAUCCCUGCCAAGCGAGGCUUGUCUCACCCCUCUCUUGAUGGCCUUCAGUACUACUGCAAAGGUCUGUUGUUCUUCAGGUGGUAGCCUGGAUUUUUGGGGUGCAGUUAACUUAGGUCAGUGGCUAAGGAUACAAAAGUAAGACCAGCAACAACCUGUUCCUGUGUGGAGUGUUCUCAGUCAAGGCUCUGGCCAGCCCCUUUUUCCAGGAUACGUCCAGGGGUAUAGCAGGAGGGGCGCAGAGGGGCAUCGUGGCUUCUCACUAUGUCAUGCAGAGUUCCAAAUUCUACAAAUGGGGAAAAGGAGCGGACCUUUGAUAUUCCACCCCUCAAGCAGUAAAUUCUUUUCCUAUCACCUUCCACAUACCAAUAACCUUCCUGUAAAGGGAAAGUUUUUUUAAAGUUUAAUGCUUUUAUAUAUGUUGGAAGCUGCCCAGAGUGGCUGGGGCAACCCAGUAAGACGUGUGGGGUAGAAACAGUGCAAUUAUGAUUGUGGAAUGGGACAUCCCUAUUUUCAUCAGAGAAAUGUUGGAGGGUAUGUUAUGUGCCACCCAUCUGACUGGGUUGUCCCAGCCACUCUGGGCAGCUUCCAACAAAUUAAAAGAUCAAACACAGUAAAACAUCAAACAUUAAAAACUUCCCGUUACAGGGCUGCCUUCAGAUGUCUUCUAAAAGCCAGGUAGUGGUUUAUUUCCUUGACAUCUGACGGGAGGGUGUUCCACAGGGCGGGCGCCACUAUUGAGAAGGCCCUCUGCCUGGUUCCCUGUAACUUCACUUCUCGCAAGGAGGGGACCGCAAGCUGGACUUCAGUGUCCAGGCUGGACGAUGCGGGUGGAAGGGGAUCCCUUCCAAACCUACAGUGCUGUGGUUCUGUGACGCCAUGACAGUUUUAAAGUGGCAUUAUAGGGCUUUAAAUGUGCUACAUGAGCCCAGCCACUUUUUCUGCAGUUGGCAACAGCAUGACCACAUUGAGGUGGCAUGACCACAUUGAGGUGACCACUUCAGACCUUCCUACUAAAUGCAGGGAGGCUAAGCAUGGCCUGGUCAGGGCUGGCUCAUGUGGGGACAUUGGGGUGGGAGUGAGGCACACCCCACUGCACCAUCUCUGCUCUCCACUUGUGUUGGGAAAUCCCCUUUCAGACAGAACGCCUGAACAGCAUCUAUGUGGUUCGUCAGCAGAUUCCCUAACCCUGCUAACUCUGAGCUGAGCUUCUCUGAGCUAAUAUUUAUCCAUGCUCUGGUAAACUCCAGAUUAGACUGUUCCAAAUGUGUUGUGUGCAAAGCCUUAAAAAAUAAAAAUAAAAGCCACUCACUGAGUACAGCAAGUUCAAAAUGUAGCAGGGGACUUGCUGUUUGGGACAAGGAGGUUGGAACCAUAUCUUGCCAAUGUUUAAGCGACUGCACCAGCUUCAGUCUGGUUCUGGGCUCUGUCCAGUGUCAUCUGUUGUUGUAUCUCACCAUGCCCACUGGUGCGGCUGCCAUUUAGCGCGACAUGCCAGAGUAUCGGUCAAAACGCCUCCGUUCCACAAUGCAACAAAUGGACAAAAGCAUUAGCAGUAUAAUCUGGAAAAGGGAACACACGAUUCCUCAUAUCUGGAUGCAUGCAACGUCAUCUGUGUUGGUUCCUUGCCUGUUCCUGGCUGGAUUUGACAUUUUUAAUGCCUAUUGGAGAUUGGGUUCCCUGAAGAAUGGCCUCUUCCCAUUAUUGACCUUGAAGAUCAUCUUCAAAGGCCUCUUUUCUGGAUGCCCAGGUCAUGUAAAAAAUAAAAAAGGUUAAAACUCUGUGUUACAUGCCACCCCAAUCCCCGAGUGGUGGGAGAGUCCAGGGGUUCCAAACCCUCUUCCAGAGUUUGAUUUCCUUAGAAUGAAGGCCAAUGGAGAGUAUGGUAUCUUUAGGAGUUAUUUACAUAUACAAUAUGAUAAUCUUUAUUAUCAUUGUCCCGUACAGAGCAGCGAAAUUGAAAAAAUCUACAUCAGACAUUCAAAAACCAACAAGCCUGCUAUCCCAGCCUGGUUAGCCCCCUAAAAACUCUGAUACCCCAUAAUUAAAUACAAUAUACUCCCAUAGAGACUACCUUACACUGAGUUUAAAACCAAAAUCGCAUUUGGAUCGAAAUUGUUUCUCAGGCGGCUAGUCCUAGUCUUUAUAACCCUGUACCUUCUUCCAGAAGGUAUAUAUACAACCUGAGCAUAGGUAAGAGCAGGGGUCAGCAACCUUUUUCAGCUGUGGGACAGUCCACCAUCCCUCAGGCCAUGUGGUGGGCCGGACUAUAUAUUUGGGGGGGUGGGAAUGAACGCAUUCCUGUGCCCCACAAAUAACCCAGAGAUGCAUUUUAAAUAAAAGGACACAUUCUACUUAUGUAAAAACACACUAAUUCCCGGACCGUCCAGCGGGACGGAUUGAGAAGGCAAUUGGGCCCCAUCGGGCCCCCAGGCCUUAGGUUGCCUACCCCUGAGCUAGAGGGUGUCACACCAGAAGCACCUUGACAGAUCUUGCUUCUGCGUUUGUUUCCAGAGAAGCCCCAAAGUCUAGCUUAGGUUUGGCACAGAGCAAGGCAUGUCUCUCUCUGCGGCUUCCAGCUUUAUCACUCAAAGAGAUGUUCUUGUGUUGUUGCUGUUGUGUUGGCCUCUGAAAUGUGUUCCAUAAGCAUGCUUAGGGUUUCAUGGUUCAGCCAGAUGCUUAAAGCAGUUCCCCCCCCCCUCUAUUUCAGGUGCAAGUUCUUCAGUUUAACAGAGACGCCAGAGGACUAUACCAUCAUAGUGGAUGAAGAAGGCUUUCUAGGUGAGCACAACGAUGGUCACCUCAUGUUCCUCCCUUUAUGAGUUCAGUUCAGUGUUAUUGGACCCCACCUGUGCAAUACAUGUAAAGAAGGAUCCUGCCACCUUACAAAUGUGUCUUCCCUCUUCACCACAAAACCUGUGCGCUGGCUGAUGUUGUCCCUGUUGUGCUAUUUUUGUAUAGAUUGCACAAAUAUUUUUUCUUUAAAAAUGGGUGGGGACCAAUGCAGCAAACCUUUUUUGAGUCUUCCCAACCACUAGACAAACACAUAAAACCACCCCAGCCCAGUGAGGAGCGAACAUGCUCAAUGGGCCCCGAAUGCUCAUUGAUGGGGAAUGGAAUGGAGUAGUUGAAAGAUCGGACGGCUGGCUGGUGCACUGAUUUGAAUCACUGCACGCAGCAACAUUUUGUUACAGUCCCAAAUUAUUGUAUGACAGUGGUGGGGAGACUGGCAGACCAGAUUGCUACCUCUCCCUCCCAUUGUGGGCCACGUUUGUCAGGCGGACAUGGCUGAACUCUCCUGUGGGAUGUUUAGCUUUUCAACAAGCUCCAGUUCCAUAUGCUCCAACAUUUCUCCGAUGAAAAUAGGGAUUCCUAUUCAAUAAUUAUUAUUAUAAACCUGGAUAGCUCAGUUGGUUAGGGUGUGGUGCUUAUAAUGCCAAGGUUGCAGGUUCGAUCCCCAUGUGGGACAGCUGCAUAUUCCUGCACUGCAGGGGGUUGGACUAGAUGAUCCUUGGGGUCCCUUCCAACUCUUCAAUUCUAUGAUUCUAUCGUUGUAGUUGUUGUUUUAUUUAUACCCCACCCAUCUGACUGGCUUGCCCCAGCCACUCUGGGUAGCUUCCAAGAUAUAUAGAAACACAAUUAAACAUUUAAAAAAUUCCCUAUACAGGGCUGCCUUCAGACAGCUUGGGGGUUGGACAACUCCAUACCCUCCAACAUUUAUCCGAUGAAAGGAAAAGCAGGGCAUUCUAGGAUCAAAUCAGCUUCUGUAAAUCAGGGGAUGUCACUGGAAAACAGGGACACUUGGAGGGCCUGCAGUUCUCUUGGAAGACAUGCCAGAACAGGCAUAGGCAAACUCAGCCCUCCAGAUGUUUUGGGACUACAACUCCCAUCAUCCCUGACCACUGGUCUUGUUAGCUAGGGAUGAUGGGAGUUGUAGUCCCAAAACAUCUGGAGGGCCGAGUUUGCCUAUGCCUGUGCCAGAACUUCAACUAAUGGGGGGGGGGGGAGGAAAAGAUGAGGAAUGUUUGGUCUUUAACUGCUCCAGCCUGGAAAGUUAGGAGGCCUUCCUCAAUGAGAGCUAACAUCUUGAAAUUCUGCAUGUGCAUAAUAAUGCAAGACAAACUCCUCUACUAAUGGGGUGAUUUGCACUGAUUGGGCACAGUCAGGUUUUGAACAAGACCAUCAACCGAUGGAGCAUAUUAAAUUGCUGGCCGCGGCUGCUCCUGGUUUGACAUACACUGCAUUUAUCAAAACGGCAAAGGUCCCUCACGUGGAUUUCUUUCCCCCCCUUAGCCCUCCUACUUUUAAAUGUCAGGGAUAAAUUGUGUGGAAAAUCCUUCAAACUAAUGGCCUGCGAAAUAUUCGGCAAAAGCUAUUUUCUACCCUCUGUUCUAAUUGCAUCUUAAACUUUAAUAGCACCAGCAACUGGAGAAUCACGCACAUGCUAAUGUCACACUUCACUUGAAGCAAUUUGUUUCAUAAGAUAAUGAACUGUAUCAGCAUUAAGUCGGGAGGAAGAGGAGGAGAUGGUGGCGAUUGACGGUUGCCUUGUAGGAGGAAGGAACUCAGUGGGUUUCCACGGUGGCGGUGCAGAGGCUAGGGGUUGUAACCAGUGGUACUCAGAGCACUGCCAUUGAAUGCACAGGCCAGGAAAAUGUAGCAAAACGUCCUGGACUAGCCCUGUCUGAUAGGGUGCCUCCAGUGGUCCCACAAGGGACGCAGGUGGUGCUGUGGGUUAAACCACAGAGCCUAGGACUUGCUGAUCAGAAGGUUGGCGGUUCGAAUCCCCGCAACGGGGUGAGUGCCCAUUAGCUCUGCCAACCUAGCAGUUCGAAAGCACAUCAAAGUGCAAGUAGAUAAAUAGGUACCGCUCCGGCGGGAAGGUAAACGGCAUUUCCGUGCGCUGCUCUGGUUCGCCAGAAGCGGCUUUAUCAUGCUGGCCACAUGACCUGGAAGCUGUAUGCCGGCUCCCUCGGCCAAUAAAGCGAGAUGAGCGCCGCAACCCCAAAGUCAGCCACGACUGGACCUAAUGGUCAGGGGUCCCUUUACCUUUAGUGGUCCCACACAACCCUGAGUUUCAGCUGUCCCAUACCAGGGGCCGAGCCCUGUAGUGUGGUAGGCCCUGUCCUGUGGAACUCCUUGCCCGUAGAGGUUCAACAGGAGUUGUCACUGCUGGUUUUCAGACACCUUCUAAAAAACAUUAUUCAGGUCGGCCUUUCAACCUUGAGAUUCUUUGCUAACCAGCUUUUUCCCCACCCAAGUUACAUAGGUACACCUUUAUUAUUAUUUAUUUUUUGAAAACAUUUUUAUUUGAUUUUACAAAUAUAACAUCAUAACAACCAAAAUGCAUAUCCCUAUGUAGAGAUUACUCUGAAUCUCGAGACUUCCCCAUCCCUACCCCCGCCAUGGGUCCUAUUGCCAACAUUUAGAACUGCAUAUUAUUUCAUAGUCUAUAUUUUGUAUCACUCCAUAUUGUCCAUAAUGUUUGUUACAUUACAAGUGAGAUUAAAACCCUGGUAAUGUUUUCAUCUGCUUGCAUUGGUCUCCUAAAUAAAUUAUAAUUUUUUUCCCAUUCUUUUUUGAAGUUUUUGUCCUCUUGGUUCCUUUCCAGUCAGCUUUGCCAUUUUGGCGUAAUCCAUCAACUUAGUUUGCUAACCAACUUCGACUGACAUUUUAAAAUUGUUGUUGGUUGGAGUUUUGUUUUGUUUUCUUUUAUGAAAGUGCAUUUUGUAAGUAUAUACAUAGAUAAAAGGCAUUUCUCUCCUGCCAUGGGGCUUCCAAGCAGUCGCCCAUGUAGUCAAAACUGACCUGACUCAGAGCUUGUUAGCUUCAGCAAGAAUUGCUGCAUCAAAUGCCCUAAAGGCCACGCUAAGAACUGUAUUCAUGGUUGCUUUCCACAUAUGCUACUGAAAUGUAAAAUUGUCCUUCCCUCUAGGGUUUGAAAAAUGUGCACACCGGUGAAAAUCUACUUCUGCACGCCAAGGGGAUAAUUAGAGGGAACUUUGAUAGCUAGGGCCACCUUAAAAAGAUACAUUUUUCCUCACCUUAGCUGGGAGCCAGUAGUUAAUCAUUCAGAAAUUUCAUGGCUUGGCUAGUGUCUGGUUGACUAAUAGCAUGCUUUUGUAGAUUGUGGAGGGCAGUCCUUGUGGGGGUGUUUAAAAAAAAUAGAAGUUGUUGAGGGGGUUGUAAAUUGCAUAUAUUAACCGCCACAAAAGUAGUGAAUUUGCUCAGGGCAAUGAGCACAUAGGUGUACAAGGUUAGUAGCUGACGUUUAAUUGUGGAGAGAGUGUAAUGCUCCCUCCUGGAAUGCAGGGUCACCUAAUGAAGGCGAAAAGGAGGGAGAGACAAACAGGCAAAAGUGUUCUGUUUCUGAAGCACCUGCCAUUGAAACAUCCCGAAACAUACAGUAAAAAAAAAAAGGAAAAACAUCAGCAACAUGAACAUUUCCUUACAAAAAAACACAAUUCCAUAUGUACGAUCAAUGAAAUACAGUUCCAUGGAAUGGAAAUGGUUUAUUGAGUAUUUACAGAUAAAUUGUAAACAGAUAAGAACAUUGGCAGGGUUGUUGUAAUAGCCUGCAGUUUCAAUAAGAGUAUAUAUUUAAAGUAGAUGAAUAAAUGAACAAUUUAAGUUAAUUUGGAUAUACAGAAGAUAUUGAAAAUAAUUUUAAGGAACCGCAGAAAGAGGGGGAAGGAAGCCAAGUUUUGAAAUGUUAAAAUGACUGUAAAAUUAUUGAAAUGCUAUAAUCUGAAAAUCAUAAAUAAAAAUUGGGAGGGGGAAUACAGUUCUGUGUAUAUAUAUAAAAAAAUUAAAAAACAUUUUCUACGUGAAAAAGUAUUUCAGAGACAACCAAAAACCACAGACUGGGGGGGAAAGAUCUGCUUUUAAAGGAAGGUCUUCAUUUGAUGGCGAAAAGGCAAAAUAAAUUGCAGCUGUGCAUUGGAAAGGUGUUCCAGAGAGAGCUCUGUUAAUGGAGAAAUCUGAGGGGUCCCUUGGACAAAAACAAGGGCACCAGCCAGGCAUACCAGAGCAAAACAGCAGCCAGUAGGCUUGGUCUUUAUUGAAGACUGUUGUGACAGGAUUCCUACCUACCACAAGGUGGAACAAGAUGGAAGCCCCGAACAAAAGAGCCCCCAAACUUUUAUUAGCUGCUAAUCCCCAUGUUACAACCCCCCCCCAAACUACAUCACUAAUACAUCAUGGUUACAUCAUGAAAGGGGAGGUCUGGUGGCAGUAAUCUGAGCAUCCUGGACCCUGCCCUAUGGUUCUUGUCCUCCUCCAAACACCCAUCAAGUGUAACAAAAGAGAUAUUUACAUUCCCCUGUUUCCCAGCCAAGUUAAUCACACCCUUUUGUCUUCAUCUGGGUUUGUUAUUUCUGGAAUGGCUACCUGUCUGGCACUCAGGUAUCAGGAUGCUGGGAAUUAUCACUCAGCUGAGUAGCUGAGCUCACAUGUCUAUAUGAAUUUCUGAAGUUUUCCCUGUGAGCCAGUGCAUAGAUACAUUUAUCAGUGAAUUGUUACAUUUGGUAUCAUGCAGAAAAGGCCCUUUGAAUAGAUAGGAAGAAACUGUGAUAAAGUGUUUUGUGGGGACAAAUCACAAAAGUGAUUGUGCUGAUUUUGGUAGUGGGCUGCAUGUGCAUGAUAUCUGCUGGAGGUGCAACCCCCCCCCAACCUAUACAUAAAUUCCUGCAACAGCUCCCACCACUAACAGCCCAGUUCCUUUCUUGCAUAAAGGGGGCUUCUUCUGGUUACACAGCUUGUUUAUAUUUUGUUCCAUAAGAAGCAUAACAGUUACAGCAAAGAGCAAUGAUGUAUACUUAUCUUUGCACACGUUGCAAAUUAGUGGCACAGCAUCCACGGUAUACGAUAACAAUACUUUUUGUUGCAUAAUACAAUGGAGUGGACCGCUUGGUGAAGUGCUAUGGGGAAGUGGCCAGUCUCCUGCAAGGUGGCUUCAGAGAGCAAUUCUGAGAGAAGUGGCUGAAAUAUACUCUGAGUCAAGAGUAGAUUUCAUGCUCUUUAUUCAGCUCAUAGUGGUGAGGAGGAAUGGAAGUUCCCACAGACUGUCUGCUUUAUAUACAUUAUUUACACAAUGGGCCGCACGUGAUUGGCUAAUUCCGGGAUUCUCUUGUAGGCCAAUCAGGUUGCGGAUUCACUUCCACCUGGAGCUGGAUUGGGUGGCUCCUGUGGACCAAUCGGACUGCUGCAUUCUGAAUCCUAUUGUUCUAGGACCAAUCAGACUGCUGCAUUCUGGAUCCUAUUGUUCUAGGGCCAAUCAGACUGCUGCAUUUUGGAUCCUAUUCAACUCAGUACACAACAGUGGCUUUGAAUGGAAACCACGUCCCCCUCCUUGAGCACCCAUCAGCUGGUGGGCAGGUGGGGACACGCCUUGCUCCAGCAAAGGGACCAUUGGGGAACCACUCUUGGCUCCUCCUUGUUCCUUUGAAGUGCCAACCUUACCCACUUCAUACCUGAUGUGUAUUGCGUAUGGCAUGGGUAGGCAAACUAAGGCCUGGGGGCCGGAUCCUGCCCAAUCGCCUUCUAAAUCCAGCCUGUGGAUGGUCCAGGAAUCGGCGUUUUUUUUUUAAUCGGCCCUUUUAUUUAAAAUAAUAAUAAUAAUAAUUUAUUAUUUAUACCCCGCCCAUUCAUUGCUUUAAAUAAUUCUGGUUUCAAAUUGCUUUUGUGUUUCUUCUUGCUCUGGGACCUUCCUUCCCCCAUGCAAAGUGACUAGCGAAUGUAAUAAUUAUUAUUAUUAUUAUUAUUAUUAUUUAUCUAUACCCCGCCCUUCUGGCUGGGUUUCCCCAGCCACUCUGGGCGGCUUCCAACAAAAUAUUAAAAUACAAUAGUCUGUUAAACAUUAAAAGCUUCCCGAAACAGGGCUGCCUUCAGGUGUCUUCUAAAAGUCUGGUAGUUGUUUUUCUCUUUGACAUCUGGUGGGAGGGCAUCUCUGGGUUAUUUGUGGGGCCUGCCUGGUGUUUUUACAUGAGUAGAAUGUGUGCUUUUAUUUUAAACACAUCUUUAGGUUAAUUGUGGGGCAUAGGAAUUUGUUAAUCCCCCCCCCCCAAUAUAGAUAGAUAGAGAUGGAUAGAUAGAUAGAUGAUAGAUAGAUAGAUAGAUAGAUAGAUAGAUAGAUAGAUAGAUGAUAGAUAGAUAGAUAGAUAGAUAGAUAGAUAGAUAGAUAGAUAGAUAGUCCGGCCUCCCACAAGGUCUGAGGGACAGUGAACUGGCCCCCUGCAGAAAACGUUUGCUGCAUGCAUAUGAGCAUGACUUCCCCCAUAUAGCCUGGUGGUCCAAGUGUGGCCUGUGAGGUUCCCCACCUUCAUUUAAAUACUAGGCUGGUAGGAAGGCAGGCGGGGUGGGUGAGUCUAAGGUACCUUACACCCAGUCAAAGCACUGGUCCAUCUUCCUCCGUGUUGUCUAAACAGACUGGCAGCACCUCUCGGUGGUUUCAGGCACAGGAUAGUCCCACCAUCCCUACCUGGAGAAGCUGGGGGUUGAACCCGAGACCUUCUUCAUUCCACUGAGCUAUGGCCCUUCCAGCCUUUGCCCGCCUGGCUGCAGUCUCUCUUGUAGUUCUCUUCAUUUCUGCAGACGGGGGAGGAAGAAAGGAGGCUUUAGAGAAAGGCAUUUAUUAGGCAGUCAUCAGUAGCAGCUCAGGAACUCAGCCAUGGCACAAUAGCAGCUUGUUUGCCAUUGGGGCAUGUGGUUGGUCCGGGGAGCUCAGGGAGGCCUGCAGAGACCACGGCAAUCCAGAUUUUGAGAUCUGGCAAUCCAAACGUGGACCAUUGGUCUGGAAUUUCCUCCCACCCCGUGUUAAGGGAUGCCCAGAGAACCUGGAGAAAAUGUUCUACAGUAAGUGGAGAAUUAUAGUGCAAGAAGGAAGCUCUCUUCCUCCUUCCCCCCCAACUCCCCCUAUUUUUAUCGUGGUGAGGAAUAUUUUCCAGCCCUUUCCUUUGCUCGCAUCCACAAUGACUGUUAUUCAGGGCUGGUGACCUUCACGUUGCCCUUGAUGUUAAGAAAUUGCAUUUAGCAAGGAUUCUAUUUAUUUCUGUCUCUCAGUCUUCUGCCCCCCAAGUAGCCGGCCUGAAGUGGGGAGAGUGAUGGGGGGGCACGCGCACACACACACACACACACACACACAAACUAAACCACCUCCCUCAAUUACAGCCUGUUUGUUUGCCAGUUGACUUUGUUUGCUGUGAAUGCAAACAGAGAUCUUGCUGUUCCAACUGCUGUAUCUUGUUUUAUAAACAGCAGCCAAGCAGCAUGUUAAGCUGUUGGUAUCUGAAGAGGGCUUGCCUUAUAAUUUAUUUGGGGUGCAUUAAUAAAGGGGACGGCGAGGCAGGAUAUUGUAGGAUAUUUGUCUGCUUAAAGCAUAGAUCCCUGGACUCUCUUCCUGCAAUUAGGGCUUAUUUAUUAAUUUUGCUAAUUAAGGACGCCCACAAAGCAUUGGCCAGAGCAUAUCGCUGAGCCCUGAAGCAGAUGAAACAUCAAAGUAUAGCAAUCAAGAAGUCAAACCGGUUCCAGUUCAAGCUUCCAAUGGAGGAAGAAAAAUUUAGCUUGUUCCAUUUUCAAGCUCAGCCCUCGUUUGACUCCCAUGUCGAACCAAACGUGGAGAGAAACCCAGAAAAACCUGAGCUGUUCUUUGACUUCUCUCUCUCUCUCUUUUUUAAAAUCUCCAAAGCUGCUUACCGUGAAAGCUACCCAAAUAAAGCAAUAGAAAGUGAAAAGAAAUAGAACAAGCAUAAAACUGCAGAAGGAGCAGUGGAUCUUCCCCAAUCUGGUGCCAGGUGUUGUUGGACUACAAUUCCCAUCAGCCCCAGCCAACAUGCCUUAAUGGUUGAGGAGGAUGAGAGUUGGGAGCCCAGCAGCUUCCAAGGGGCACCAUAUUGGCGUGGGCCUCUGUAAAUAAUUUCAGAGGACAAAUUAAGAGAGCUGAUGCGCCUUUUGAGCAAUUUAAAAGUCUUGGUGAGGAAAAAGCCUUCUCUAAACAAGCCUGUGCAGAUGUGCUUAGGAGUGCAUCCCGCUUGUUCAAUAUCCCAGAUAAGCCUUGUGGCGAUCACACAGGGUCCCCGGACGUUUGACGGUCUAUUGAUCCCUGUGCCACCACUGUGAUUGCUUCUCCGCUGCCACCAACCCGUUUCUCUUGGGUACACACAGAGUCCAGACAGUUGUUAACAUUAAACCAAAUAAACGAGUUUAUUUUAUAAGCAUUAACAAGUUUAUGGUUUCAGAUAAUUUUUCUUGUCAGUUUCUUAACCUUAGUUUCUUUACCGGCCUAUACCUUCCUAAUACCUUCUAACUGAUUAUCCCAAAUGUUUAACUGACUCCUCUCAACAGAUUCUCUCACUCCCUCACAUCAAACUAUCCCAACCCACAGACGUAUCCUCACUCUCUCUUCUCUAACACCCGACUCCAUUCUUCACAACUCUAACUCUAACUACUCCCCUUGGGUUCCCACUGGCCAAUCACUUCACACUCAUUUAACCCUUUCCUUAUGACCCAGCAUGAUGUCACCUAGGAGGGCAAACGCCACAAGCCUGCCUAAAAUCUAAACGCAAUUUUGACCUUCUAGCAUUGGUUUGGGAAGCAUGCUUCAUAAAUAAGGAGCCACCACUGAAAAGGCAAUGUCUCUCAAGUUGCCAUCCACUUAACCUGGAUUAAUCCCUGGGAAAGGAACCUUGGAAGUGGAUCUUAAAUAUAUUACAUGGAACCAUGUGAUCCUUCUGUUUUAAUGUUUGUACAGGCAGGGAAGGAGGGAGAUCCCUUUAUUUAGACCUGAUGAUUGGCAUCCCGUCUGUCCCGGGAGGCAAAGGAGAGCGAAAUGGAGAGAACCAAACUUCUGUGCAAAAUGCUGGUUUGCCAGUUUCGUGCUCUUGUUGAAAAAUGGCCUGUGUCCUGGGGAGACCGAUAUUCUCCUCCUGUUUGUUUCCAGAGACUAGGUAAAAAGUAAAGGGACCCCUGACCAUUAGGUCCAGUCGUGACCGACUCUGGGGUUGCGGCGCUCAUCUCGCUUUAUUGGCCAAGGGAGCCGGCGUACAGCUUCCGGGUCAUGUGGCCAGCAUGACUAAGCCACUUCUGGCGAACCAGAGCAGCGCACGGAAACGCCAUUUACCUUCCCGCCAGAGCAGUACCUAUUUAUCUACUUGCACUUUGACGUGCUUUCAAACUGCUAGGUUGGCAGGAGCAGGAACCGAGCAACGGGAGCUCACCCCAUCACGGGGAUUCGAACUGCCGACCUUCUGAUCGGCAAGUCCUAGGCUCUAUGGUUUAACCCACAGUGCCACCCGCGUGUUCGUCUAUUUUUUGCACCAGGCUCACACCUGACUCCUGUGCCAGAAUUCUAUGGAUCUUCUUUCCCUGUUCUCCCUGACAAAUAGCCCUGUGUUACUAGCAAGCUUGCACUCCCUUUUCUCUGUGGUCACUGGCCUGCUGGGCGCAUCUAUCCCAACAGGUCACAAAGCUGCAGGCAGGGUAGGGCAGGAUUGUACAUGUAAAAGGAAGUCUGCCUAUUUUAUUUUUUUUGCUCCCUGACAAAGGGAGGGAAAGUCUGCUGCUUCUCAUAUGAUACUUCCCCCCCCCCCUUUCCUAGCGCCUCUGCCACUGCCUUUUUUCUGCCUCCCCCCGCCCCACCGUGGAACUGGCACCUAUGUCAGAAAUAGAACUGACCCUCUUGUUAAGAAGAGUUAUAAAAGUCAUGCUUAGUCACAAUGCCAUUCUUGAGCUGUGAAGCCGAUGUAGCCAAACCGUUAUCAACAACAUCCAUGGUGGUGUGAUCUCAUCAGUGCGGUAAUAAAGUUUUGCGUUUUUUUAUUAAAAAAAUAUAUCCAAGGCUACAUUGGCAGUGAUGUUCCAGUUUGAGGAAGGGAUGGAGCUCGGUGGAAAAGGUUCCAGGUUCCGUUCCCAGUGGGUCGGAUAGGGGGAAACUCCCAGACAGCAGCUGCCAGUCAGUGCAAACAACAAUAGGCUGGAAGAACCAGUGAUAUCACCCAGUCUAAGACAACUUCCUGUGAUCCUUUUUAAAUUAGCCCCUUAUUCAAAACCAUGAGGACCAGAGUCCUUAUUUGUAGCAAAGGGACCUUCGUGAGUUUUGCUCAUCAGUGGUUCUUUAGAUAUACCCUGUAUUUUACCUGCAAACUUACUCUGUGAUCUUGAAUGAAAAGGAACAUAUAACUGGAUUUAUAUAGAUGAUAGAUAGAUAGAUAGAUAGACAGACAGACAGACAGAUAGAUAGAUAGAUAGAUAAUAAGGCCUUCAAGAAGGGAGCUGGGGUGGCAGAGCUUCAAAGCCCCCAUCCCAUCUUAAUGUGGGAUAAAGAGCAAGGAACUCUGGCACAGCUAGAUGCCUUGAGCCCCUGGCCAGCUGCUUCGCCAGUCGUGGCAAGCAGCCAUUUUAAUUUCCCACAGUGCCCUGGGUCACACUUAUACACCUGACACUCUGGUGCAAGGAGGGGGAUUACGUUCUUGAUGCAGCAACUAGAGAGGUCUGUGGAUGAGGCUCCACCAAAACAUGAGGAACACACACACACACACACACACACACACACACAAACCUUGCUUGAAGGCUUGUUUCCAAGACCCUCACCCUGCCAAUCCUGGAGCUAUACCAGAACAAUCUGUUAUUAUUUUGUUACACUCAUGAAUUUCCAGUAUGGUGUGGUGGGCAGAGAAGAGGGGAUUUAAAUGACACCCCUUCCCCUUUGUGUGUUCUUUUGCUGAGUGUCUGAACUCCCCUGAUGUCAGUCUUUGACUGGAAGAGCCCUCAGGUCCCCCGUUCAGCCGCUUGUAAGCCGUUCGCUGCCUCUCUGCCAAAGCCUACCUCACAGGGCUGUUGUAAGGAUGAGAUGUUGCGCUAGACGACACAUAGGAGCUCCCUCUUCUAGCUCGGCGCUAGAUUCACCACACUGUGCAGAAUCACAGAUUCGGCCCUGGCAUUUUUAGCGAAACCAGCUUGCUCAACAAAGUCAUACCCCAGACUCUAGGGAAUGGCUGCCAGUCAGAGCCUGGGAGCCCUGGGUUAGAUCAGCCCAACAGUCUGACUAACUAUCAAGCCACUUCAUGUGUCCAUGUGAGAGAUAACUUGUUUUGUAGAAGAUAUGCAACAACAACACCAUCACCCCGGAAAAAAGAGAAUGAUCUCAGCCCGUCCUUCAAAAAAAUAAAAAUAAAGCCUUGCCAGGAUUUCAAUGUAUGGCCCGUUUAAUUUAUUUUUCUUGGCUAAAGCAAAGGAAAGCAGUUUGGACAUAACGUUGCUAUGCUUUAAGCGAGCCAAACAGAAUGCCCAUAACUAGAGUUUGUUAUAUAAUGGAGCUUACAUAAUCAAGUGGCAACUAAAAAUAUACUCCGGUUUAACUUCUAAUGCAGUGAAGCAUGAAUAGAUGAUUCCACUUCUAGGAGGAAAUGAAUCUCUCUCUUUGUGUCUGUUUAUGUCUUGCAGAGGGCCAAUAUAUUAUAUAUCAAUUUUGUGCAGCCCAGAUCUUUUGGUCUAAAAAUUCCUGUCAUCCUCAGCCUGAUGGAACUUGUUUGAAACACCUGGAGGGCACCUGAUUGGAGAAGACAAAUAUACAGUGGUACUUCGGGUUACGAACUUAAGUCGUUCCGGAGGGCCGUUCUUAACCCGAAACUGUUCUUAACCUGAGGCGUGCUUUCGCUAAUGGGGCCUCCCGCUGCUGCUGCGCCGCCGGCGCGCAAUUUCCAUUCUCAUCCUGGGGCAAAGUUCUCAACCCGAGGUACUACUUCCAGGUUAGCGGAGUCUGUAACCCGAAGCAUUUGUAACCUGAAGUGUUUGUAACCCGAGGUACCACUGUAUAUACCAUAGUUGCUAUGGGUAGAUUUGUAUGUUACAAUUCCCCCCUGUUGGAAUUCUGAUGCGCCAUUUCAAAGUUUUUUAUUCCUUCCUCGGGGUCUCUGGGGCUAAGGAGCUACAAUGCUUUUCAGAGAUGUGAGCAAUGCUUAACAAGCUGGAUCAGGCCAGUGGCCAACUGAGUCCAGUAUCCUAUUCUCACAGUAGCCAACCAAAUGUCUGUGGGCAACGCAGAAACAGGAGUGAAGCUCAGGAGCCUUCUCCCUUCCCCCAGUUUCCAGCAGCUUGGAAGGGCAAGGAACAGUAGUGACAGUGACCUGUUAAUUUUGGUAGGUCUACAGUGGUACCUCAGGUUAUAUAUGCUUCAGGUUACAGAUUGCGCUAACCCAGAAAUAGUGCUUCAGGUUAAGAACUUUGCUUGAGGAUGAGAACAGAAAUCGUGCUCUGGCGGCGUGGCGGCAGCAGGAGGCCCCAUUAGCUAAAGUGGUGCUUCAGGUUAAGAACAGUUUCAGGUUAAGUACGGACCUCCGGAACGAAUUAAGUACUUAACAUGAGGUACCACUGUACUUCGAAUGGGAUUUUUAGCCGGAAGCAACUCUUGGUUCCGAUCCGGCUCCUCAGUUUUCUUUCUGGCCCCCAUCCUUGCGCCUCUCUCUACCGCUGCUUGUCCCUCAGUUUUGACAUUUCCUCAUGUGCCAAUGUGGCUGCGACUCAACAGCAGUGGCAGACCUUGGAGCCUCGGAGUUCAGUGGCACGCUGCGCAAGGCCGAAAUCCAGCCUCCUCUGCCUCUUGCGCUCCAUCCUAAAUCAUAGCUGCAGCGCCCUCUAGGCUCCGCACCGAGGGCAACUGAACAGGCUGUGCUCCCCCAAAUCCACCUCUGCCCACAGUGGUCUGUAGCCGAUUUCCAGCGGUUCUGGUUGAAAGUAUGUAUCUGGCACAAGGCAACAGCGUACACCCUGAUAGUUUUCUCCCUCCCUGAGAGCCAGCUGUGUUCCACCUUUUCUUUUCUUUUAAUAAUUUUUUAUUCAAAAUUAAAACAAAACAUAUUAUCCAGAAACAUAUCAUCCUUAUUUCCCCCCCCCCAUUUUUCCUCCCUCCCCCUCCCUCCCUUCCCUCAGUUCCAGUCUUUGGUUUCUCUGAGAAUGCUGUUUUCUGCAUGUUACACAGUUGUAUAGCUCCUCAAACUAUUUAGUGGAUUAUUAUCAAUAAAAAGUUUGUGAAUGUUUAUUCAAAACCAGCCAAGGAGUCCAGUUCGCUUUGUUGCGUCUUCAAAUACUUUGUAAAGGGUUCCCAUUCAUCUUUAAAGUCACAGUUAUCCUUGUCCCGUAACCUAUAUGUCAAUUUUGCCAGUUCUGUGUAGUCCAUCAAUUUUUCUUGCCAUGAUUCUUUAAUUGGGGUUUCUUCAGUCUUCCAUCCUUGUGCUAUUAAAACGCUCGUGGCCGUUGUCGCAUACAUGAAGAUUUUUUUCAGCUUUUUUGGCAGAUUUUUCCCUACAAUCCCUAAUAAAAAUGCUUCCGGUUUUUUAACAAAUGUUAAAUGGAACGUUUUCUUCAAUUCGUUGUAUAUCAUGUUGUUCCACCUUUUCUUGCUCUCUCCCUACCAGCCCAUUUUGGCAUUGUUUACCCACAUAAUUCCCCGGGCACCUUAUCAGAUUAGCAGGACUUCGAAAUGCGGAGCGGCAUCUCUGCUUGGAAAGAAUGCUUGCAGCUGGCUGCCAUCCAGCUGCCCUGUUGGCUUCUGCGGGCUCAGAUUUUGAUGUAAACACAUUCUUGAUACGCGGAAGCCAAACGUGAGACCUGCCUCGUGGCCUAAUUAUAGAGACACGAGGACCUGUUUGGCGGGUUUUGUGGCUACUUUGGCAAAUCUUAGUGCAUCCUGUCCCCAGGCCAGGCAUUCAGGAGGGCUGGGGAGGAGGCAAGGAGUUGUUCACACCCAGGAUCUGGACCUCCUGUGACCUCGAGGAUGCCAAGAGGUGGAAGUGCAGCAGCAGAGAUCAUCCUGUGUGUACCUUAAGGGUUAAUUCUCUUCUGGUCAGCUAGCCAAGGGGAGGAUGGCUAGAGACAGGCCUGUGUGGAAGAGGAGCCUGCAGUGGAAAACAGAUUAGUCAAAAUAAAAAUGAAAAGGGGAAAUAACAAAAAGAAGGAGGAAAGAAAAAGAAAAGGAAUUACUAUAAACUCAUGGAAAGUAAUUUUGUAUCUUUGACCUUACUUCCAUGGAAGGAGGAAGAGAGGGGGAAACUGAUGCUGUUUAUUUACACCCAGUUUUUUGCAAACCCCAUUUUCCAAGGAAAGGUGCUGUCAGAAAUGUAGGUUUGUUCUAGCUAUGCAGGCAUAACUGAUGCUGAGGGGAGCACAUGUGUUUAUGCAUGUAAAUGUACAGUGGUACCUCGGGUUACAUACGCUUCAGGUUACAGACUCUGCUACCCAGAAAUAGUACCUCGGGUUAAGAACUUUGCUUCAGGAUGAGAACAGAAAUCGUGCUCCAGCAGCGCGGCAGCAGCGGGAGGCCCCAUUAGCUAAAGUGGUGCUUCAGGUUAAGAACAGUUUCAGGUUAAGAACGGACCUCCGGAACGAAUUAAGUACUUAACCCGAGGUACCACUUUAUAUUGUUUUGUGUUUCUCUGAAGAGAAUCAUGGUAGUUUUCUCCUUCCCAGUUCAUUUGUACAACAGCCCUGCCAGGUUGGCAUGGCUGAGAGAGAUGGUGGCUCGAGGGUCAACUAGGGAGCUUGGUGGGGGUUGGAACUUUAAAUCACCCUUGGACCCCCUCUGCUCUGUACAUUUAAAUCAGUAUCGUGCCACUUUAGACAGCCCAUGGCUUUCCUCCAAAGAAUUCUGGGAACUGAAUUUUGUUAAAGGCAAUGCUUUUUUCUAUAAAAAAUGUUUAGGGGUACUCUCAUUUUGACUCAAGAAAAUCACCAUUUUAUCGUUCAGAUCGGGGGAAAUAAAUACAGUAAACGGACAAAAGUACAGAGAUUCACAAAAUGUUUAGGGGUAUGCAUACCCCUGUGUCCCCCCAGAAAAAAGCACUGGUUAGAGGUGCUGAGAGGUGUUAAAAAGGUAAAGGGACUCCUGACCAUUAGGUCCAGUCACGAAUGACUGUGGGGUUGCAGUGCUCAUCUCGCUUUAUUGGCCGAGGGAGCCGACAUACAGCUUCCGGGUCAUGUGGCCAGCAUGACUAAGCCGCUUCUGGUGAACCAGAGCAGCGCACGGAAACGCCGUUUACCUUCCCGCCGGAGCAGUACCUAUUUAUCCACUUGCACUUUGAGGUGCUUUCGAACUGCUAGGUUGGCAGGAGCAGGGACCGAGCAACGGGAGCUCACCCCGUUGCGGGGAUUCGAACCACCGACCUUCCGAUCGGCAAGCCCUAGGCUCUGUGGUUUAACCCACAGUGCCACCCGCAUCCCAUCUGAGAAGUGUUAGGAGAGCUUUAAUUCCCUUCAUGGAACUACAAUUCCCAGAGUUUAAAUGAAAGGUGCAGAUGAGGAUCAUAGAUAGAUGAUAGAUGUUGUUGUUGUUUAGUCGUUUAGUCGUGUCCGACUCUUCGUGACCCCAUGGACCAGAGCACGCCAGGCACUUCUGUCCUCCACUGCCUCCCGCAGUUUGAUCAAACUCAUGCUGGUAGCUUCAAGAACACCAUCCAACCAUCUCAUCCUCUGUCGUCCCCUUCUCCUUGUGCCCUCAAUCUUUCCCAACAUCAGGGUCUUUUCCAGGGAGUCUUCUCUUCUCAUGAGGUGGCCAAAGUAUUGGAGCCUCAGCUUCACGAUCUGUCCUUCCUGUGAGCACUCAGGGCUGAUUUCCUUAAGAAUGGAUACGUUUGAUCUUCUUGCAGUCCAUGGGACUCUCAAGAGUCUCCUCCAGCACCAUAAUUCAAAAGCAUCAAUUCUUCGGCAAUCAGCCUUCUUUAUGGUCCAGCUCUCACUUCCAUACAUCACUACUGGGAAAACCAUAGCUUUUACUAUACGAACCUUUGUUGGCAAGGUAAUGUCUCUACUUUUUAAGAUGCUGUCUAGGUUUGUCAUUGCUUUUCUCCCAAGAAGCAGGCAUCUUUUAAUUUCGUGACUGCUGUCACCAUCUGCAGUGAUCAUGGAGCCCAAGAAAGUAAAAUCUCUCACUGCCUCCAUUUCUUCCUCUUCUAUUUGCCAGGAGGUGAUGGGACCAGUGGCCAUGAUCUCGUUUUUUUUUAUGUUGAGCUUCAGACCAUAUUUUGCGCUCUCCUCUUUCACCCUCAAUAAAAGGUUCUUUAAUUCCUCCUCACUUUCUGCCAUCAAGGUUGUGUCAUCUGCAUAUCUGAGGUUGUUGAUAUUUCUUCUGGCAAUCUUAAUUCUGGUUUCGGAUUCGUCCAGCCCAGCCUUUCGCAUGAUGAAUUCUGCAUAUAAGUUAAAUAAGCAGGGAGACAAUAUACAGCCUUGUCGUACUCCUUUCCCAAUUUUGAACCAAUCAGUUGUUCCAUAUCCAGUUCUAACUGUAGCUUCUUGUCCUACAUAGAGAUUUCUCAGGAGACAGAUGAGGUGAUCAGGCACUCCCAUUUCUUUAAGAACUUGCCAUAGUUUGCUGUGGACGACACAGUCAAAGGCUUUUGCAUAGUCAAUGAAGCAGAAGUAGAUGUCUUUCUGGAACUCUCUAGCUUUCUCCAUAAUCCAGCGCAUGUUUGCAAUUUGGUCUCUGGUUCCUCUGCCUCUUCUAAAUCCAGCUUGCACUUCUGGGAGUUCUCGGUCCACAUACAGCUUGAGCCUUCCUUGUAGAAUUUUAAGCAUAACCUUGCUAGCGUGUGAAAUGAGUGCAAUUGUGCGGUAGUUGGAGCAUUCUUUGGCACUGCCCUUCUUUGGGAUUUGGAUGUAGACUGAUCUUCUCCAAUCCUCUGGCCACUGCUGAGUUUUCCAAACUUGCUGGCAUAUUGAGUGUAGCACCUUAACAGCAUCAUCUUUUAAAAUUUUAAAUAGUUCAGCUGGAAUAUCAUCACUUCCACUGGCCUUGUCAUUUGCAGUGCUUUCUAAGGCCCAUUUGACUUCACUCUCCAGGAUGUCUGGCUCAAGGUCAGCAACCACACUACCUGGGGUGUACGAGACAUCCAUAUCUUUCUGGUAUAAUUCCUCUGUGUAUUCUUGCCACCUCUUCUUGAUGUCUUCUGCUUCUGUUAGGUCCUUACCACUUUUGUCCUUUAUUAUGGUAAUCUUUGUACGAAAUGUUCCUUUCAUAUUUCCGAUUUUCUUGAACAGAUCUCUGGUUCUUCCCAUUCUGUUGUUUUCCUCUAUUUCUUUGCAUUGCUCGUUUAAGAAGGCCUUCUUGUCUCUCCUUGCUAUUCUUUGGAAAUCUGCAUUCAAUUUCCUGUAUCUUUCACUAUCUCCCUUGCAUUUUGCUUGCCUUCUCCCCCGCUAUUUGUAAGGCCUCGUUGGACAGCCACUUUGCUUUCUUGCAUUUCUUUUUCAUUGGGAUGUUUUUAGUUGCUGCCUCCUGUAUAAUGUUGCGAGCCUCCACCCAUAGUUCUUCAGGCACUCUGUCCAGCAAAUCUAAAUCUUAAACCUGUUCCUCACUUCCACUGUGUAUUCAUAAGGGAUUUGGUUUAGAUUGUAUCUUACCAGCCCAGUGGUUUUUCCUACUUUCUUCAGUUUAAGCUUGAAUUUUGCUAUAAGAAGUUGAUGAUCUGAGCCACAGUCAGCUCCGGAUCUUGUUUUUGCUGACUGUAUAGAGCGUCUCCAUCUUUGGCUGCAGAGAAUAUAAUCAAUCUGAUUUCGAUGUUGCCCAUCUGGUGAUGUCCAUGUGUAGAGUCGUCUCUUGUGUUGUUGGAAAAGCGUGUUUGUGAUGACCAGCUUGUUCUCUUGGCAGAACUCUAUUAGCCUUUGCCCUGCUUCGUUUUGAUCUCCAAGCCAAACUUGCCAGUUGUUCCUUUUAUCUCUUGAUUCCCUACUAUAGCAUUCCAAUCCCCAAUAAUGAGAACAUCCUUCUUUGGUGUCACUUCUAUAAGGUCUUGUACAUCUUCAUAGAAUUGGUCAAUUUCAGUUUCUUCAGCACCAGUAGUUGGUGCAUAAACUUGGAUUACUGUGAUGUUAAAAGGUCUGCCUUGGAUUUGUAUCGAGAUCAUUCUAUCAUUUUUGAGAUUGCAUCCCAGUACAGCUUUCGCCACUCUUUUGUUGACUAUGAGGGCCACUCCAUUUCUUUUGCGGGUUUCUUGCCCACAGUAGUAGAUAUGAUAGUCAUCCGAACUGAAUUUGCCCAUUCCCGUCCAUUUUAGUUCACUGAUGCCCAGGAUGUCAAUAUUUAUUCCUGCCAUCUCAUUUUUGACCACAUCCAACUUACCCAGGUUCAUGGUUCUUACAUUCCAGGUUCAUAUGCAAUAUUUUUCUUUACAGCAUUGGACUUUCCUUUCACUUCCAUGCAUAUCCGCAACUGAGCGUCCUUUCAGCUUUAGCCCAGCCGCUUCAUCAGCUCUGGAUCUACUUGUACUUGUCCUCCGCUCUUCCCCAGUAGCAUGUUGGACACCUUCCGACCUGAGGGGCUCAUCUUCCAGCGUCAUAACUUUUAUAUGCCUGUUGUCUUUGUCCAUGGAGUUUUCUUGGCAGGGAUACUGGAGUGGCUUGCCGGUUCCUCCUCCAGGUGGAUCACGUUUGGUCAAAACUCUCCACUAUGACCUGUUCAUCUUGGGUGCCCUGCUUGGCAUAGUUCAUAGCUUCUCUGAGUUAUUCAAGCCCCUUCACCACGGCAAGGCGGUGAUCCAUGAAGGGGUGAUGAUAGAUAGAUAGAUAGAUAGAUAGAUAGAUAGAUAGAUGAUAGAUAGAUAGAUAGAUACAUAGAUAGAUAGAUGAUAGAUAGAUGAUAGAUAGAUAGAUAGAUAGAUAGAUAGAUAGAUGAUAGGUGAUAGGUGAUGCAUGUGUACAGAAUGCAGUUUUUCCAUGUCUGAGUUACCACAUACUUAUUUUACAAACCGCUGCCAUCAGCCACAUCCUCAUGUGGCUGUUUGUGAAACCAGAGCUGCUGGAACUAUUGCAGAAAUGUGUUAUUAAAGGUGUUUCUAUUGCUGUGUUUCGGGAAGGGUGGCCACUGGUGUCAACCUUCACAGCAUCAGGUGUGAUCUCUCUUUCCAACGCACCACCUCUCUCCCAAUCACUUAGGGAGAAGAAGCCAGAGUUGACAGAGCAAACCGAGCGGCCCAAAAUAAUUGGAGACUGCUUCUCUCUGUUUUCAUUUCUGCUCCGGCAUCUUGCUUAGAUUGUAAGUGUCAGGAUUCUGGGACAGAACAGCAGGAGUCACAGGCAAACUGCAAAAUCAGGCGACAAUUCUGUCUCUCUUGUGGGAGGCAACACCUAGUUAUCCAUGUCAAUGUAGAAUGCAGGCAGUCCAGCGAAUGACCAAGCCUGUGUUGUCAAUACAAGGGUUGCUUUGAUAGGUUAGCAUCUUUACCACCAGCCAGACCCUCCGUUCACCUUCAUAUUUUUUUAGCCUCUCCCUCUGGUGAGGAGAGCAUGAACCCCAACCUCUAAGGUCCAGUUUACAUCUGGACUAUCCUCACUCCCUGCCCUGGGGGGGGGGGAAUGGUAAUAUUUAAUUCACUGCAUCUUUUCUCAUCCCCACCCCUACGAUAACAGCAUCCAAUUGUGCUCCAGGGCAAGAAAUAUCAGUCAUCAGUAGUUAUAAUAAUACUGUUAUAAUACUGUUAUAAUAAUACUGUAAUACUGAAUUUAUUAUUUAUACCCCGCCCAUCUGGCUGAGUUUCCCCAGCCACUCUGGGCGGCUCCCAAUCGAGUGUUAAAAACAAUACAGCAUUAAAUAUUAAAAACUUCCCUAAACAGGGCUGCCUUCAGAUGUCUUCUAAACAUCAGAUAGUUGUUUAUUUCCUUGACAUCUGACGGGAGGGCGUUCCACAGGGCAGGUGCCACUACCAAGAAGGUCCUCUGCCUGGUUCCCUGUAACUUGGCUUCUCGCAGGGAGGGAACCGGCAGAAGGCCCUCAGCACUGGACCUCAGUGUUCAGGCAGAAUGAUGAGGAUGGAGACUCUCCUUCAGGUAUACUGGGCCGAGGCCGUUUAGGGCUUUAAAGUUCAGCACCAACACUUUGAAUUGUGCUAGGAAACAUACCUGUCAUUUUGAGUACUCUGUGCAGCCCAUUGGGACUGUGGGGUGGAAGGCAGUGGGGAUCAAGGGUAAGUGGAACCAGAGAGAGAGAGAGAGAGAUGCAUUUUGCAAUUGCAUGCAUGCAAUUUUGAGGGUGCAAUUGCAUUUUGAAGUUUAAGGCUGUAAGGUGAGGCUGACAUUAUCUGCAUUCUUCUGGGUUUUGUUUUGCCUUUUGUAUGCUCAGGAUAGAUGAAGCAUACAGGAGAGUUUGGAAUUUGUUUUGGCAUUUUACAAACUUGGGUGGAGAGUAUCAUGGAGGCAAAGAAAGCAUCUCAUGUGCCUCUGUCUGUUUCACUAUCUAUCCUUGAGUGCUGCGGCUCAAAACCAUUUUGUUUGCCUGAGAAAAGGAGCUUUGAGCCCUCGCAAUCUUUGGGUGAAAGCAAAAAUGCUACUCAGAAAUCCGUAUGUGUUGCAAGAUGUUUUCCACCAGUGGUUGGCAGAAGGUAGACUGGGGUAUUUAUUGGAUGAAUUCUGAGAAACAAGCUUCGCUGUGUUGGCUUUGGCAUCAAUUAGCAGGAACGUGAAAGCAAAUAUUUUUGGCGUUGCAAUUGUUCCAGCUAGAAAAUGUGCAAGCGAGAAUAUUGGGAGUGGAGGCGAAAGCAUUUGAAUUUCCAAAAAGGUCAGGAUUCCUUCUUUAAACAACGUAAGGACUCUACCACUAUGCAAAAGCACAUAACCUGUUUUCUUAGAGUAACAAAGAAACACAGGGUCAUCCCACAGUGCCUUGUUGAACCCCUCGAGUCAGCCCUCUGUGGGGUCUUCUGCAUCGAGGGAAGAGCAAAAAAAAUCAGAUCAUUCUCAUUCACAGGUGAUAGUUGGGUGGGGGCAUGUGAGGAAGAAUGAGCUGAAGAAAGCAUGCUGGUUGGUUUAUUUAUUUAAUAGUCUUAGAGUCGCAAAAUGUUUAGGGGUAUGCAUACCCCUGCGUACCACCCCCUCCCCUCCCCUCCCCGGAAGAAAGCACUGUGCACAUGGGUAUGUAUGUUGUUAUUGCUGUAAGAAAAACAAAUGGACCGACCUGCAUCAUCUGAGGCCCUUCUUUGCGUGCCUCCUCCACAAGAGAUCUGGAGGGAGCAACAUGAGGAUGGGCCUUUUCCGUGGUGGCUCCCAAUUUGUGGAAUGUUCUCCCUGGGAAGGUUUGCCUGGAGCCUUUGUUAGGUUGGCACCCUUGGGAGGUUGUGGGCUCUCCUUCCUUGAAGGUCUUUAAGCUGAGGUUGGAUGGCCAUCUGUCAUGGAUGCUUUAGCUGAGAUUCCUGCAUUGCAGCGGGGUCAGACUAGAUGACCCUUGGGGUCCCUAACAACUCUACGAUUCUAUAUCUUUAGGCACCAGGCAAAAGCAUCCCUCUUCUCCCCGGCUAUUGGCUAACUAAACAAUCUAUGGCUUUUUAAACUGUGGGUAUUGUUUCAUUUCUUAUUGUUGUUAUAGGAAUUCUAAGGUCUUAUAUUUAUAAAAUAAAUGUUCAUAAAUGUACAAGGCAAACACAUACAUAAGUAUAUAAACCACGUGUCUGAAAUAGUACAGGAGAACAACCCUGGAGCCACUUUGACUCUCCUACGGGAAAAGGAGCAGUAUUUUUCUUAUACAUUUUUGUGUUUUUAUAUUGAAAACCACUCCGCAAUCCUCAGAUGAUGGACAGUAUAGAAGUAUAAUGUAUAUAAUAAAAUAAAUAAAUGCCAGAGGAACACAGCUACUGCCCUCGAAAUAGUUUCACAGUAAACUGCUUUCAUGUCAUUCAUAUUUGUCUGAAUUUGCCAGAAUAAACAGACUCUCAGAACAUUAUCAAGAAGUGCUUGCUGUGCAAGGGACAAAUAGGCACCAUGUUCUUUGACAGGUAUGGAACGUUCCAGAACAAAUGUAAGAUCAAUCACACUUCAGAACUCCCUUCUUAGCUCUCAGCUGAAUUAAUAUUCACUGAUGAACCAAUGAAGGUAAUCGUUGUGGGGUUUUUUCCCUCCCAACACUCAGAGCUCCCUUCCUCAGAACACCUGAGUGUGGCAGAUGCGACGUGGUUGGCGCUCAACGUGGUUUCCGGAGGAGGCAGUUUCUCCAGCUCCCAGCCCAUCGGCGUGACCAAGAUUGCCAAAUCAGUGAUAGCUCCGUUGGCUGAUCAGAACAUCUCAGUAUUCAUGCUCUCCACUUAUCAGACAGACUUCAUCCUGGUAAGGAAACACAGUGUGAGCAGAUAAAUGACAGAAGUCAUGCUCUGUCUACAGAAGACCUGAUAGGAAUCAGAUGGGUGGCCUCCCCUGAGACUAUGACUUGAUCCCCAAUUAUUUCCUAUUUACCUUCUGCAUGACUUCUGAAUUUUUAAAAUUUUGAUAACCGGUAACCGACAUGCAACAUGGUGUCAGAAGUGGCACUGACUGCAGUUUCUAGCAAGUAUUGGGUGGCAGUGGGAAGCCUCUAGAUUUGACUAUGGCACAGCAUCAGUCCUGCACACCCAAUUACUCUAGCUUGCACUUUACUCAGAAAAUGGGGCACUCCCUCUGCCCCUAAUAAGUGAUAGCCCUCAUCCCGUGGUCCCUGUGUUUUGCCUUUGGGGAUACCUUGUUAAAAUGUUUAGUGCAAGCUCUCUCCCUUGUCCUUCCUGCAGCACUCAGCGCCCCAGAGUUUUUUGAACUUCUGUCUGUCCUUAGUAGGCGGCUGGACCCCUCUUGGCCGUAGUGCACAUGCCUGUAAAAUCAUGUGUGUGAGUGCUGAGGCGUCAGAAAUGUUGCAGCUUUACACUUCAGCUGCUUUUGAACCACUGAUAACCAGUUGUUUUGCAAAACAAAAAUGGGGGAAAGGAAAGGAAGCUCUUUUGGUCCUUAAGAAGUAUUCCACAACCAGGCAAUACCUUCUUUUUUCUUUUUUAGGACAAACACAAAUGCACAAUGCUCUGAGGAAGCUUUUGUGCUCUGGAUGUUAAGAAAAGCGUAGUAGGGGUGUGAGGGUUCCCAGGAGCAGAGUAGACAAUGAACCAGGGAAGUAUCCUGCUAACUGUGCAUGAAUGGGGAAGCUCAUGGAAGCACCUGCCUGGAUCAGGGCCUGUCUAGGAGCCAGGAAGAUUGGAGCUCCAGUGUCUUCCCAGACAGGGGACACAAAGACACAUGCAGACAUACAUGGCUGGCACACCCAUAAGGCAAGGGGAGGCAACUGCCUCGGGCAGCAAGAUCCGCAGAGCAGCAGAUUCCAGUGUAGAUCUUUAUUCCCCUUGUUCCUGAUCUCUACCCCCUGAGAGGCAAGGCGCACCAUUCUGUGGUUCACCUCAGGCAUCAAAAUGUAUUGGGUCAGGCCUGCAUAAACACACAUGUCCUUACUCCCAUCCAACCAAUCUCUGUCCGUGGUCCUGUUUGAUAUGGGGCAUAGGUGCUGACUCCCUGGGGCCCUGGGGCCCCGAGAACCCACAAAAUCCCCCAUCAAGGGGCUGGGCAUCCACAGAUUUCGAUGCCAGGGUCAUGCGUGCUGCAUGGCACCCACAGCCCUGGGCACCCACAGUCGCGAGGCCAAGCUGGCACUCCUGUUGAGGGGCUUCAUGCAUGAAUUAGAGUUAAGCAUGUUGGUUAUAUGAGGCUGAUUGCCCCACAGUAACCCCAGCCUGGGAGCUUAGAGUGAAGGACAGGUCCAUUCUUAACCUGAAACUGUUCUUAACCUGAAGCACCACUUUAGCUAAUGGGGCCUCCUGCUGCCGCCGCGCCGCCAGAGCACGAUUUCUGUUCUCAUCCUGAAGCAAAGUUCUUAACCUGAAGCACUAUUUCUGGGUUAGCGGAGUCUGUAACCUGAAGCGUAUGUAACCUGAGGUACCACUGUAAUAGCAACAGGGUCUUUGUUUUUCUCAUGAGCUUAUUAUUAUCUCUUCUUCUUCUUCUUCUUCUUCUCAGAUACGUGAGCGAGACCUGCCCUUCGUGACGCACACGCUGGCUUCUGAAUUCACCAUCCUCAGGGUCGUGAACGGGGAGGCGGUGGCAGCCGACAGCCUCGGGAUAACAAACGGAUUUAUGAAACCGAAACUGGGUAUGGUUCCCCUCCAGUUUGCCACCUGCCUCCAGUUUUACAGGGCUCAGUGUUCUCUUUCUGGUCACAGCCCAUUGCAAACCAAGACCCCUUUUAAUGGUGUGUUCCAAUUUCCGGGGGGGAGGGGCGCCAUCCAACAUCGUGCUACGAUGAAGAGAGCCAGUGUGGUGUAGUGGUUAAGAGCGGUGGACUCGUAAUCUGGGGAACCGGGUUCACUUCCCCGCUCCUCCACAUGCAGCUGCUGGGUGACCUUGGGCUAGUCACACUUCUCUGAAGUCUCUCAGCCUCACUCACCUCACAGAGUGUUUGUUGUGGAGGAGGAAGGGAAAGGAGAUUGUUAGCCGCUUUGAGACUCCUUCGGGUAGUGAUAAAGCGGGAUAUCAAAUCCAAACUCUUCUUCUACUCUUCUUCAGUACCCUUGUUCCCAGUGUUUUGCUGCAGCAGAACGUGGUUGCGGAAGAGAAUGCCUCAGCAGGUUGCUGGUAACUCUGUUGUGUGAAGAACGGCGCCAUCUAUUGCUAUUUCUACUGAUGUGCUAGGCCCCCUGCCUCCAACCUACCAGUCCCAACAAGUGCAAGCUGCCACAGCAGAAAUAACUUCUUAUCAUUCCUUUAUAUCUGUGUGUCUCUUCCUCUCUUUCAGUUCAGAGGCCUGUCAUCCACCCACUUUCCAGCCCAAGUAACAUGUUCUGUGUCACCAGCCUGGACCCAGAUACCCUCCCCUCGGUUGCUACACUCCUUAUGGAUGUCAUGUUUUACUCCAAUGGGUAAGUUCAAACCAGGGAAUUGGGUUUGGGGGCACAAGGGAGAAGGAAGCUUCCUUAAAUAUCACAAGAAAUGCCUUUGGACUUAACCCGCUUGAGACAGUUUCCCUUCAUGACGCCCUGGGAUUGCCAGGAACACUGCCACAAGCUUCUUGAAAAAAGGGGUGCCACAUGAUACCUGUUCCACAGCUAUUGAUCUUUUAGGGUGCACUUUGGAACUCCCUGCCUCUGUAUUCUUCCUGCCACCAGCAAAAAAAUAUUUUUGUUUAGGCAAGGUAUGUAGAAUGAUGGCAUGCUUUUUAAUCUUGCUUUUAGCUUGUCGUUGAUUUCAGUUUUGUUUAUAGUUGUUUUUAACUGUAUUAAAUUCGACGCUUUCUUCUUUUUGUAAACUGCUUUGGGCACAAUUGAGCAGCAUAUAAAUUGUUCCCAAAUUUGGUUCCUCCGCAGAGUAAAAGAUUUUAUGGUGGGCAAUGAAGAUUCUGGACACAUUCGCUUUUUCUCAUUCUCCCUCAUUGAGGGUUACAUUUCUUUGGUGAUGGAUGUACAGACGCAGAAGAGGUGAGAACCGGCUUCCUAAAUCCUAUUCACUGGGCCUCAGGUGUUUAUAAGGAGACCUCGCAUGUGCCCCCAUGCAAACACGCAGCGCCCACAUGAAUGCCAAAAAUCCAGCUGGCUCCUGAAGUAACUUAAAAGGGGCCCGGAAUACAUAUGGGCUUCAUACACCCAUCCCAGAACAUGGAAGCCAUCAUCAAAAAGCGAGCCAGAAUGGUGCAAGGGAGUUACGCCAAGGGAGACGGUAGACGUGAGGGAUAGGUACCUGGGAGAGGAGCUGCCUUCAGGAACAUUCCAGGGAAAACAGCACUUUGGGGUGGUCUUUUGUGGGAUCUGGGUUCGAAUUCUUCUGGGGGACAGAAGAAAGAGCAGCAGGUGGGAUCUUUUACCCGAAAUAUAAGUGGCUUUUUAGGGACGCGGGUGGCGCUGUGAGUUAAACCACAGAGCCUAGGACUUGCCAAUCAGAAGGUCGGCGGUUCGAAUCCCCACAACGGGGUAAGCUCCUGUUGCUCAGUCCCUGCUCCUGCCAACCUAGCAGUUCAAAAAUCGUCAAAGUGCAAGUAGAUAAAUAGGUGCCACUCCAGUGGGAAGGUAAACGGCGUUUCCGUGCGUUGCUCUGGUUCGCCAGAAGCGGCUUAGUCUUGCUGGCUACAUGACCCAGAAGCUGUACGCCGGCUCCCUUGGCCAAUAAAGCGAGAUGAGCGCCACAACCCCAGAGUCGGCCACGACUGGACCUAAUGGUCAGGGGUCCCUUUACCUUUACCUUUAUAAGUGGCUUUAGAAUUUUAUAUUGGCUAUGUCUUGCAAGCCACUUUGAGUGUGGUGGAGUCUCCUUCUUUGGAGGUCUUUAAGCAGAGGCUUGACAACCAUAUGUCAGGAGUGCUCUGAUGGUGUUUCUUGCUUGGCAGGGGGUUGGACUCGAUGGCCCUUGUGGUCUCUUCCAACUCUAUGAUUCUAUGAUUCUAUGAGUGUCAUUGCAUUAGUUAUAUGUUUAUUUAUUAAAUUUAUAUCCCGCCCUUCCUCUUAAAGGAGGCAGGGGUGGCAAAACAGUUCAUUGGUUGUUUCGGUUGGUAGAUAGAUAGAUUGCAUUCAUAGGCCACCUUUUUCUUUAAGGAGUUCAAGGUGGUGCACAUAGUAAACUUUAGCUGGCGACAACCCUAAAUCUAAAAAUCUUGCAUCAAAGAUGCCAUAGGCCUCCCUGGGGGCCUAAAUGGGUGUUGGGUUUCUCGAGUUCUUUUUAAUACAGCAGGAUGGAUUGAAAUCUUAUUUUCCUGUUCUCUCUCUUUUUAAAAGGUUUCCUAAUAAUUUGUUGUUUACAAGUGCAUCGGGAGAACUCUGGAAGAUGGUCCGGAUUGGAGGGCAGCCUCUUGGAUUCGGUAGGUUGUUUCUUAGAGGCUGGCUGAUGACUUGCUGAGGUUGGAUUUACUGAGAAGCUAAUGGAUUUGCCCGUUUCCCUGUCAAUAUAUCCAUCAGGGAACAUGGGGUAUACAGGGUGAGGCAGGAGUAGGGCUGCAAUUCUUCUCUUCUGCUCAUUGGGAUAUGGGGCACCACUCCCUCAACAUGGGAAGUCCCAUUCAUCCAAGCAGCACGGAUCAUUACCAGGGGGACGAGCAACACAAUGCCCUUUCCCACGAUACUCCAUUGUUUCUAGCCCAGCCAUGGUACUCCAUUCCGUUUCCCCCUCCUUCCCACCUCAGCAAGUCAACAGGCUGUAUACCCCUGGCCUCCCCUCUCAUGAUCCUCGCCAUAAGGAUUAUGCACUUCACGGUUUCGCAGAUGGCUCUGCGCAACUGGAAAUGCCAAGAGCAGAGAGCAAACAAAUCCCUGCAGUAAACAGAGGAUCUUCUCAAAGCCUCUGUUUCUCAGAUAAACUCAUUCCUGACGCUCCCUUCACCGCCAGUUGAAGGACCUGUGACUGCAGGAGCCAACAGGGCGCCCUCUUCGGCGUAGGCGCCAACUCCUAGGGGCCAAGGGACUGCCUGAUUUAUGUAUAAGCUGAACAAGCUAUAGCUUAGGGUCCCACUCUCUCAGGGCCCCCAAAAAAAUUUAAAGGGGAAAAAACCUGGAUGUACAUUUUCAAAAUACAGUGGUACCUCAGGUUAUAGACGCUUCAGGUUACAGACUCCGCUAACCCAGAAAUAGUACCUCGAGUUAAGAACUUUGCUUCAAGAUGAGAACAAAAAUUGCACGGCAGCGGGAGGCCCCAUUAGCUAAAGUGGUACCUCAGGUUAAGAACAGUUUCAGGUUAAGAAUGGACCUCCAGAACGAAUUAAGUUCUUAACCCGAGUUACCACUGCACAAGAUAAAAAACAAAUAAAAUAAAACCUACAUACAGCAACAGUGUUUUGUUUUGUGUUGCGUAGUGUCAGGGGUUCAGGGAGAGAGGCACAGGGUAGGCAGGAGAUGGAGAGCGAUGGGGAUGAAUCCCAAGCCAGCGAGGAAGAGGAUGACAAUGACUCAAGAGAUUCCAUGAGUCUUUCCAGCGAAUCAGAGGAUUCCCAGAGGGGGGGCCGGUGGUCAAGGCCAGGGGAGCCCCAGGGGGGACGUGUCAGGAGCAGGGGGCCAGCGGAGGAUCCCAAAGUGGCAGCUGGGCGUCAGGGCCAGCCUCCCCACCAGAGUGCAGCGAAGGGGGUGGAGUUUCCAGUGUAUCAGGGGAAGCAGCUCCGGCAGCAGAGAAGGGAGGGAGGUCAGAGCAAGCCACCCUCCCUGAAGGGGAGGGAGCAGUGAAGGGAGUAGUGUAACUGUCAAAAGGAAAGUUGGAGGUUUGGCGCGCGCGCCAAGUUCAAAUGUAGAGGCGCGCGGAAGUACAGGGAGCCCGGAGGAGGGGCCAGGUCCCAAAGCCCGCAGGAGGGGGAAGAGCAGUCUGAUUCCGCGUCAGAGGAAUCCAGGAGGGGCGAAACCCCAGCGGGCAGAAGGACCCUGCGGAAAGGAAAGAGAGAAAGAGGUGGAGCAGCGCAAGCCUCUUAAAUUGGUGCAGGGGAGGGACGGAUUCAGAGGGGACUUCAGCGGUCUAAGCGUAGCAGACGUAGGGCUGCGCGCCUAGGAUGUCAAGCAAACAAUGAACUGCAAUAAACACUUUUGUAUAUAAGAAGACAUAGGCGUUGGUCUUUUGUGAGCUGAGACUUGAGGCAGCCCUGACACGUAGGUUCCUGCAAUGUAAGUAAUGGGCCUCCAAUCAUUUUAAGUUAGAGCUUAAUAAUUAUUUCACUAUUAAUAUACUUAAUUGUAUUUCAGUUCAACCAUUACUUUGAAAAAUACAUAUUUUGUUAGGUGCAAAUGGCUUUAGAUACCGAUUAGGUCCAUAAAUUACCAUAUAGCAUAUAUUCAACAGAAAACAGUGACAAUUUGUUGUUGACAAAGGACAGCUGGACAUAUAAAGGGCCCCAUUACCUUCAGUAGCUUAGGGGCUCAUCAAACCUAAAUCUGGCCCUGGGCCAAGGCAGUUUUGUCACACACACCCAUGUGUGUUUUUAGGGAGCCAGACACCCUCAAUGUUCAGAGGGUGUCUGGCUCCUCACAACGUCACACGCGUGACGUCAGGACAUUGCACAACUCCACUCCGAGCCCCCUCAAUUCCUCUGUAGAGAAGCUGGCACCUCUGCUCCUCUGUGUUGAAGCUUUCCAGACUAGUCACCCUGGGUAGCCCUGCGGAAAGAAGAUUAUAGUAAUCUAAUCCUGGUUCCCAAAGCAGGAAUGUCUGUGGCCCCAUCGCAUCUUUCCUCGGCUAACACUGGCGUUUGUAAUCAGCUGUUGUUUUCUCCUCCUCUCUCCCCCAGAUGAAUGUGGAAUUGUGGCACAGAUUUCUGAACCGUUGGCGGCAGCUGACAUCCCAGCCUAUUACAUCAGUACGUUUAAGUUUGAUCAUGCACUGGUAAGUCCCAGGAUGCUACUUUUAAACCAAGACCAUUGGUCCUUCGAGAGGAAUUAGCAGAGGCUGCUCCGGCAAGCUUUACCAGGGCAUUGUAAUAUUAUUAUUAUUAUUAUUAUUAUUAUUAUUAAAAUUUCUAUACAGUGGUACCUCAGGUUACAUACACUUCAGGUUACAUACGCUUCAGGUUACAGACUCUGCUAACGCAGAAAUAGUACCUCGGGUUAAGAACUUUGCUUCAGGAUGAGAACAGAAAUCGUGGUCCAGCGACGCAGCGGCAGCAGGAGGCCCCAUUAGCUAAAGUUGUGCUUCAGAUUAAGAACAGUUUCAGGUUAAGAACAGACCUCCAGAACGAAUUAAGUACUUAACCCGAGGUACCACUGUACUGCCCUUCAUCCAAGAAUGUUUUUAUCACGCUCCUUAAAUUUGUUCAUAAUGAUCUACACCACCCUGGGGUCUUUUGAUAAAGGGUGGUAUGUAAAUUUAAUAAUGAUACCCUGGCUGGCAGUGGCUCUCCAGGGUUUCAGGUAGGGAAUUUCUUUCCCAGCUUCACCUGCAGACACCAGGUGUAAUAAACAAAAAUCUGCCCUUAUACAGUGGUACCUCGGGUUAAGUACUUAAUUCGUUCCGGUGGUCCGUACUUAACUUGAAACUGUUCUUAACCUGAAGCACCACUUUAGCUAAUGGGGCCUCCUGCUGCCGCCGCGCUGCCACAGCACGAUUUCUGUUCUCAUCCUGAAGCAAAGUUCUUAACCUGAAGCACUAUUUCUGGGUUAGCGGAGUCUGUAACCUGAAGCGUAUGUAACCUGAAGCGUAUGUAACCCGAGGUACCACUGUACAGGGAUUGAACUUGGCUCCUUAUUUCCGCAUGCAAAGCAGACCUUCUGCUGCUGAGCUGAGGCUCUUCCCUGUGGAGAAAGAGAAGGUCCGUUUUGGACAUCCCACCCACCAGCGAUAAAAUAUCUUAGGCCGGCUUUGGCAGCAGACUGAACCUAGUGACGCUGUUAGGGUCUUUUGUUUUAAUGUGUUUUAAUGCCUGUGCCAAGUCGCAUGCUGUGUUUGAGAGUCUCUCCCCUCACUGCCCCCCCCCCAAUAACAAUCUCCAUGAUGCCGCCCAUUACCUUUCCUACAUUAAGCCUCUUUCGGAGAGAGCCCUGACCUUCUAACCCAUUAAAAGCUCAGGCAGCAAAUCCCAGCUUUUCUCCUCCUGUGGUCAGAUUUUGUUUAUAUUUUUUUGGCACUGGCCUCUUUUCUAGCCUGGAAACUCCAAUGUGUACUCUGUUUUUUAAAAAAGAGAAAAAGUCAACACCAUCUCAGAUAGCGAAGGUCAAAUGGUUAGAUCCACUUGAUUUCCUUAAACAUUAACCACGCUGAUAAGAUAAGCCCAUAAGAGCCUUCCUAAAGCUAACACACAUGGGCUUAUUUCACACUGCGGUGAUAAGCCUGUGUCUGGGCUGUGCCACUUCGGAGGUGGUGGGGAGGGGGUGUGCUGACGUCAGGGUCCAAAAAGUAUUUCUUGCACCUAGAAAACUAGCUGCUCAGGGAGAAAAAUAGAGUAACAUCCAGACAUAGAUCUCAGUGGCAGAGUGCUUGCUUUGAAUGUAUCGUCCCAAGCUGAGUCCCUGGGAUUUAUAGAGAGGACUGGGGAGGUUCUCUGAAACCCUGCAUAGAUGCUGCCAGUCUGUGUAGGCAAUACUAAGGUGGAUGGACAAAAGUCGGCUUCCUUUUGUCCUUGGCACUCUAUAUUUCUGCAUGCAGGGCCUUGUUAGAGCACUGUUAUUGUUGUUUUGGGGGGGUGUUGUUUGUUUUUAUAUGGAGGAGCAUUCGGUUAUUUAACACCCCCAUAGUUGAAAGUGGUUCAUCCCUACAAUUCUGCAACACGCCCAACACCUUGCUACUCGGAGAACACCACCAGUUGGGCAGCCGCCUUGGCGGGGCUUUCUGGCAGUAGCCAAGGGAAAGCCUUAAAAAAAGUGCUUCUCUGCCAUGUCCUAAGGACCUUAAGAUGUCCUCUCAGGGACCAUUAUCAAUUAAAAAUUAUGGGUGAUAACCCAAAGAAGCCAUUGAAGUGGCUGGACUGAUUUGGAUGGGUCUGCUCUUGAUUGUGAAUUGAGAGAGCAAUAUCUGGGACACGGUUUUAGGGUAGAUGGGGAUACAUACGAGAACUGCACAUUCUCUUUCGGCAGUGAUUGACAAAAGAAGAAAGUUCUUAAGAGAUUGCUGUGUUUCCCCAGGGAGAAUCAGAAUGUUAUGUUUAUUUUAAUUCAGAUGUGUGUAACUUGCAUUUUCUUUCUUUUUAGUCAUUUUGAAACGGGCAUUUUUUUUUCCAAGGGGGCAAGGUGUGCUUUCCCAAGCAAACUUGAGUGUUCUGUGUUUGUUCAUGUUGUCAUUCGUGUUCAGCUUUACUUUAAUACAGUGGUACCUUGGUUCUCAAACUUAAUCCGUUCUGGAAGUCCGUUCCAAAACCAAAGCGUUCCAAAACCAAGGCACGCUUUCCCAUAGAAAGUAAUGCAAAAUGGAUUAAUCCAUUCCAGACUUUUAAAAACAACAGCAAUUUAGCAUGAAUUUUACUAUCUAAUAAGACCAUUGAUCCAUAAAAUGAAAGCAGCAAACGAUGUACUGCAGUCACACGAUCAAUCAAUCAGUAGCUGAACUGGGUUCCACACAGUCACAAAAACAAAAGAGCCGCAAAAACAAAACCACAAAAUAAAUAGCAAAAACAGACAGACCUCAGCGUAACCCUCAAAACGGAGCAUGUUCUGUUUCCAAAAAGAGUUCACAAACCAGAACACUUGCUUCCAGGUUUGCAGUGUUUGGGUUCCAAGUUGUUUGAGUACCAAAGCAUUUGAGAACCAAGGUACCACUGUAUUGUUAAACUUUGUUUUGUCAUGUUCCAAGGACUAGAAACAAAUAAGUGAACCUGACUCAGUAAAGCUAAUGCUAGAUAUCAUCUUAACAUUCUGUCCAUCUAUUCUGGGCACCCUGCAAUGUUGCAUUUAUGACAGUUGGCCUAUAAUUUAUCAUAUCUAGAAGCCUGAAUUUCUAUCAAAAUGUAGCGUCCUGGUUUUCAGGGGUGGUUGUCGUUUCUUCCCUCCACUACAGGUACCAGAAGAAAAUAUCAACGGUGUUAUCAAUGCACUUCAAGUGAGUCAAGCUGAAAAGCACUAGGAAUCCUUUGGCGCGGGACUAAGGGUGCAUUUUCUGUCAAAAAUUCUUCUCAGUAUUUUCUUGGAGCAAGGAGAGAGAGAGAAAAAUGUGGUUUGUUGGUUUUUUACUCCAAAGAGAGCCUGGGAAAAGAAGCCGUUGCCACGUGUGAAGAAAAUAAGAAACAAAAGACUGCUUGAGAGGCAUAAAUAACUCCUGAUAGCUUUUUUAAAAAUAGCAAUUUUGAAAAUAAAAUCUUCAAAGGGGCAGAGCACAGUGAGGAGCAAGAAGGAAAAAUGUUUGGGAUUUAAAAACUGUGGAGGGUUUCUGAAGUUCAAAAUGUACCAAUUCUGCUGUUUUCUCUUUCAACCCACCCACCCUCUCCCCCUUUUUCAUUUUUAUUUGCCGGUGUGACAGAAAUACACUGUUAUCCGAGGUUUGAAAUAAAAGAGACUGUGUACUUCAAUUGAGGGAGGAACUGGGAUGGAGCACAUUUGUGAGGAUGGGAAGAGCAAAAGUGUAGCACGCAUUUGCGGAAGAACAGUGAGAAGGGGAAAUAAAAUACAAUUUUGGACUCUUGUCGCCUUUUCUGUGAACAACAGGCCGGUCAUUAAGUGCGUCA